CCUGGAGUCCUGGACAUCAUGCCUUCCAAUCAUUAAAUGAGCUGAGCAAUGUUUUAUUACAGAUCUCAUGUGGCUGAGCUUAGCGGGGCUUUUAAGUGCUCCCGGGUAUGCCGUGCUUACGCAAGUUAUUUUCUGCUGUGGAUUGUUGAUGCUGCCACAGAAUGACAGAGUGAUGUGCCUUGAAUUCCAAUGAGGAGCAAUGGUGUUUUGUUUUGGGGUCUCCCCCCUGCAACACCAAAUAAAGAGUGAGUACUUUGAAAAGUCUUUGUUACUCAAGUUGUGCUGUGUGUUUCGGAUUUUAGGAGGCCUCCAAAUUGAAAAAGGCUUGAAGAUGCUAGGCAAUUUUGAUUGUAAGCAAUGUGUGAGGGAAGCAAUUUUAUGAUGGCAAGGGCCAGUUCUUACAGAAAUUUAUUUUAAAGUGCAGGUUUCAAAAAUCUAAAGCUGGAGCUGUACUGGACAGAGGAGGGGGAUAUAUGUAAAAGUGAAUUAUAAGAAGCAAAACCUGGAGGAAUAAAUUAUAUCAAAGGUAGAGCUUCUUGGGCUUUCUUUGGAUUAUUGUUUUUUCCUGACUUUGUGCUGACAAUUCAGAUGGAUUCAUAAGCAACUAGGUGGCCUAGCAAUUUGAUGCAUGUGUUUUCACACACUGCUUUAAGUGAUUAAAUCCUUUCCGUGUGUCCUAGCCAUCUGCUGUUUUGGGGCUGAUAUACUUGGAUGCACUGACUUCCCCUUUUCUAACAGUGAUGCUCAGAUCCUUACUACUUAGCGAGUGUGUAUGAAGCAGAUUUUAAAAGAUCCAGCCCUGAUUAGCGCAGUUAGCCCGUUAACGCUACAUAUUUACAGUGGAUUAUUGGAAGGGAAGUAGGGGUUAAGUCAGUAGGUCUCUCGCUUUCCCCAGGGGUUAACCUGGCAGGCUGUCUGGCACACACAGGAGGGCUGACAGGUAGCAGGAUUUGUCUAAGCAGUGUGCAUGAGAGCCAACAAGGAAAACUGAAUGCUCUGGAUUAGUUUUGGAUUAUGUUGUCAGAGUGAAGCCUGAUGGACAAACUGCAGAGGAAUAAAAUGCAAUCUGUUUGGGAAGAGAGACGGUGUGCAUAGCGUUCAUUUUUCAAAAAUGGCAAGAGAAAUCAUUAAUAAUUUGUAAAUCUGUGUCCAUUAACUUUUCUCUUUGUUAUCCCAAAGACAGCCUUUUGAACAUGAGUCUGCCACUGUUCUAUAUCUCGUCUUCUUUAGUGACAGAUGGCAAGAGAAAGAUGGGUUUUUUAAUACAUAAAUAUGUUGGAAGCCUCCAUUUGAACACCUGUAGUUUCCUUUGGGGGAAAUGGCAACUCUUUCUUUAUUUCAAGGGAAAUGAGGCAACCUUUGAUUUGUAUAUUUUGCAUUCUUUUUAAAACUUAUUUUUCAAAAGCAUAUGCUGUAAUCCUUUUUUUGGAUUUAUUUUUUUUAAAUAAUGCAAAGGAUAGCGAUUAAAGCUAGCCUUGAUUCAUUCAUUCAUUAGUUGCUUCAUUAUGGGAAGUUAGAUCACAAGAGUUCUGCAUGAUCUAAUGUGAAAUAUGCACAGGACAAACUCAAGUUUGUUUUUGUGGCAGACUGGUGCCAUUUUUCAUUAAAAUAGUGUUUACCUUCCAACAGUCAAGCAUUAUUGCACUUUUCCUGGUAAAAAUGUCCAUCUUUGUCCUUUGAAGGGACAGAGGGAACCAGUGAAAAAUAAUCCCUUGCAAAUAUUUAUAAACCUGUUAUUGCCUGCAAGAUUUUUAAUGGGAAUGCUAUGUGCUUUCAGUUCAAGUCAGUCUUUACGUACUAUUUCUGCCAAAUAGCUUUAAAUUCUGUAUGAAAUUUAUUUUAUGAAUUUGAGCCGCUUUCAUUCUGUUUUAUUAUUUUUUUGUAAACUUUUUUGAGGUUUGUUUGUUUUUAUAAACAAAACUGGAGUGUGCAUUUGGAAAUAAAUAAAGCAUGACCUUACAAAAAGAAGACUAUUUAAAUCGUAUAAGAACCCCCAGCCAUUUUAAAAUGAAAAUAAUUAAGCAAUAUAAAAUCAUUCAAAGUCUAAAAUAAUAAGUGACCUUUUGAUAAGAAUGGAUUAGCUCUUUUAUGCUUAACAUAGCAAAUAUGUUCAAUGAAUAUAUAAUCUUUGAGUCAAAAUCCUUAAACAAUCAUAUGGGUAUUUCCCUCUGUCAACUAACUUGAAAUACUUAGCAAAUUAUAUAUAAUGCAUCAGAAACAACCUACAGACAGAAGAGUUGCAAAGACAAUACCCACAAAAAACUCAAGGCACAACUAAAUUAGGCAGAAGACUUUGAUUUAUGCUAAUGUCCUUCUUGGGAUAGGGGCAAGCUGAAGUCAAUUCAGUUCACAUUUAAAGGCAAAUUUGCACUUUUCAAAUCAAUAUGGAAACUGAAACAUAACUCACACUUAUCCAAAUUUUCCAAUGUAGUUCUCAAACCCAACAAUGCUUAUAAAAAUACAUAAAUUAGGGGAAAGUGCACCUAAAAAUGAAUAUAUUAGUGAAAACAACACAGAAGGAUACAUUACAUUAGGGCAAGUUGCUUUCGGAAUUGUAUACAUUAGUCAAAACUGUAUAUAAAAAUGUUCAUUGAAGGAAAUUGUACUAGAAUACCAAUACAUUUUCAUUAGGAUUAUAUAUAUAUAUAUCCCCACAUUCCGCUGAAAUUAAUAGGAUUUCUUUAUAAAUCAUGCAUAUAUAAUUGUGAUGCCAAUUACUCUGGACCCAAAAACCUAUAAUCUAUGAGCAUUCAAAAACCUUUGCUUAAAAACCCAAGUUUGUUCGUUUGUUUGUUUUAAACAACACAUUGUUUCACACAGGAGUAUUAAUUUGCCCUUGAGCAUUUUUCUUUCCCCCCUGCAAUUUAUGUUAACAUCUGAUGCUUGUUUAUGCAGAAGAGGUGAUGUAUUUGUAAUGCAAAUGAACAUUCUGUCCAGUGUAAGUUUUACAUUUGCAUUUCAAAUCUGACAGGCAAGUCCACAUUGAUAGAUUUGCUGCUGGAUCUAAUAUUGGAAAUGUCUGUUCUCCUAUUCGGUUUACAGUUAACCAGAAGUAGUUUGAGGUGAAAAAAAUAUAUAUCUGGAAGAUCCAGAAAUAAUUUACUGCUGUUUCCUGAGGAAAAGAAAGAGACAGUGCAGAUGGUUUGGAAGCAUAACGUAACUAUUUCUCGUCAGGUAGUGUGACUUUUCUUCAUAGACAGCAAACUCCACUGCCCCUGACGCAAGGCAAGCAAAUAUGACAAAACCAUGGUCUUUUUUCCUCAACUGGGAACACAGGAGAGAAUAGUUUAACCCAAGUCCGGCCAGUAUUUUUACACUGCUAAUUCCUGGCUUUAGUAAAUUCUUCACCAAGGCGAAAGAAUCUCUGCUGGCCACGGGGAGCGGGGUGUAAUUAGCAAAAUACAGUUCCAGAGUUGGGAAGGGGAGGUUUUCAGAACUGCGCUGGGUUAUGAGGUAAGCAAGCCAGGAAAAGAUGUAUCUUUUGCAAGAAGGGUAGGGUGGGCAGAGCAUGAGGCAGGCAGUUGGUUUUAUGCUGCAGAGGGGGUUAGAUGUGAUGCUUGGGGUCUCUUGGAAUUGGAGGCUGCAGCAAUGGUAGGAACAGGACCCUCUUGAGAUGUGACUGUUUUGCACAUUCUCCAUCCAGACUCGGGCUGUGUAGAUGUGUAAAGAAACCAUAUAUCAUAAAGUCACCACAGACUCGGCUGUGCCUCAUUGUCCCAAAAGGGAACUGUGCCUUGGUAAGCACGUCUGCAAUCCCUGGAAUCUUGCACAGCUCAUGGAGAAUGGGGUAGCUUGUUACAAUAUUUUCUCUCCCUGUGAAAUAGAUAAAAAAGGUAAAAGGUAAAGGACCCCUGGGCAGUUAAGUCCAGUCAAAGGCAUCUAUGGGGUUGCGGCGCUCAUCUCGCUUUCAGGUCAAGGGAGCCGGUGUCUAUCUGCAGACAGCUUUCCAGGUCAUGUGGCCAGCAUGAUGAAGCCGCUUCUGGCACAAUGGAACACCGUGAAAAGUGCCAGAGCACACAGAAAUGCCAUUUACCUUUCCACCACAGUGGUACCUAUUUAUCUAUUUGUACUGGUGUGCUUUUGAACUGCUAGGAGCAAGAGGAGCUCACCCCGUCAUGUGGAUUCGAACCACUGACCUUCUGAUCAGUAGUUUAGACCACAGCGCCACCUGCAUCCCUAUUGACGUUUAGCUAUUGACUGUGUGAAGAUGUACCUCCUUUUGCCUGUCUUGGCUUUUCCAACACAUUUAUAAAUUUUGAUAUAUGUUUAUAUGUUUUAGUGUUGUAUUUUGUUAUGUCCUGCCUGUUUUAUUGUUCUGCUUGAAAUGAAAGGCAGUAUACAAAUGAUUUUUAAUAAAUAAAUGAACAUAAACAUUCUUCUAGUGGGAGAAAGUGAUUUUCACUUAUUGAUUAGACUUUGAUGCCUAAACUUUGUUUUUGGGUUUCUCAUAUUAAUAUAAUAACCAGCAUGAGAUAAUCUUGCCAUAAUUGAUUUAUUUUCUUCUUGAGGACUUCUUUUGGCUUCAGAGGAUGCCACUGCAAGACCAGGAAUAAUGAUGAAUACUUCAGAAAAAAUAAUGCUUUUAACGUGGAUUUCUCCAGACACCAUUUUCAACUUGCAGUAGUUUAUGACAACUUUCAAUAUAAAUCCAAAUAAGGGGGGAAGUUAAUAACUCAAACGGUACUUAAAGUAACUUCAGCACUGAAGACUGAGUAAAUGCCAACCACUUAGUGGAAGAGGGAGGGGAAUUUAUUUAAUACCCUGGCAGACCGUGGUAUGAAUGAAAAGAUGAACUACAGCUUUUCAUGCCUUGCUAUCCAGUGGAAUGAAAUUAUUUUAGUGAACUGUGUCAAUUCCCUUAGCAGGCAUAAGAGUCCUUUAUUUAAGAACUUCUAAAUGGCACAUGAGGAAAAAUAAGUACCAUCGUACCUAGAAGAUACAAAGCAAUAAAUCUGAAACUUUUUUUCCAAUUCACACUUCAGAGAUACAAUUUCUCUCCUCUGCUCAUGAUCCUGAAGUUCAUAAGAAAGAGCAAUAUGGUCAUUAAGAAUGGGAUUAUGGGCAUUCUACAUUCUUGGAGCAGAAUAAAGAGCAAAGAGUGGCAGUCUAAAUAGAUUCACUAGGUCAAUCUUAUGUCCAACUUUGUUCUAUGGGUCUUAUUCCUCAUAAUUGUUUAUAGGAUUGUAACCUAUGGCUGUUGUCCAGCAACUUUGUACAAUCAAGUGUAUUCUAGUACUUUUCUAUGAUUAGGAGGAAACUCCACAAGUGCAAAAGGAUUCUGUAGACAGGACAAUGAACCAUACUCAUUGUGUAUAAUUAUUUUUAAAUAUAAUAAGAACACUCAACCUUGGAAAAGUGGGUUAGUUGUCUGAUGAAUGAUAUUCAUUUCAAACAUCGGUUAGGUAAGAUCUUCAGAAGCCCAUAUAGACAACUCUCUUAUAGGCUUCAGUUGCGGUAUUUGCUGUCAUUUAUGUAAAGUGAUGCAUAGAGCACUGGUGUGUGGAGAAAAUGAGUCUGGAGGCAAGAUUCCACACACACACCCAGCCCAGCCCAAACACCAGCACCCUGUUCUUAAGGUGCAACGUUAGGUGGCAUUUUGACAAUGUGGGAGGAGGACAAAGGCAUGAACAGGUGUAAAAUAUGAGGUGUAUGGAUCAGUGGCACAAAUUGCACUCCCAAUACCCAUCAAGUGCCAUUGUUUUGUACAUAAUGCUCCAGAAUGAGGGAAUUAAGCACUGCCCUUAUUCUGAUUUGCCUUCAUAAUUAGAUGUUGAGUAAUCCCGUGCCAAAAUCUGUCCUCCAGUUUCCCAAAAAAAUUUUCUCCCCCACAAAAGAUGCUUCUAUCUUCUGCCACAUUCACAGUGUGCUUUAAAAUUACUUUAGAAUUCCAGUGGAUGUGGGGUUCAUGACCUUACCAUUGAGGUGUGUCUGCAGGUGGUAUGGGUGUUAUUAUUAUUAUUUAUUAUUUAUACCCCACCCUUCUAUACCCCCAUUUAUAUCCCCGCCACUCUGGGCAGCUUUCAACAAAAUAUUAAAAUACAGUAAUGCAUCAAACAUUAAAAGCUUCCCUAAACAGGGCUGCCUUCAGAUGUCUUCUAAAAGUCUGGUAGUUGUUCUUCUCUUUGACAUCUGGUGGGAGGGCAUUCCACAGGCCAGGUGCCACUACCGAGAAGGCCCUCUGCCUGGUUCCCUGUAACUUGGCUCCUCGCAGUGAGGGAACCGCCUGAAGGCCCUUGGCACUGGACCUCAGUGUCCGGGUAGAACGGUGGGGGUGGAGACACUUUUUCUUUCCAUUAACCAUUUAUCCAGCAUUCUGCAGCCUCCAUGGCUUCCCAUACUUUCAGAUCUGGAAAAGCACCAUGGGAGGAGUUACAUCAUGAUGUCUUCUCCUAGGCUUUAAUGGAAAUGUGAGCUGUCAGGGACCCUGGAUGCCAAACACCUGAGAUUAUUGUGCUCACCAAUUUUGUUCUUAAGGGAAGCCUGACUCCAUGGAAUAAAGACAAGAGAUACAACAAAUGGCCACCGCUUCACCAAUUUUAAUGUGUUUGAAGCAUGCUUAAUCUUUCUAAUGGCAGCUAUAUCUCAGUGCAACUUCCAAGGUGGCAGCUGGGCAGACAGAAUCUCCUGCAACCCACUUUCUUAGGCUACAUAAUGUGACUCAAAGCUUCUUCAGAUCCAGGCUUUGCCUGGUCCUUGCUUUUCCUGGCUCAUAUAUUGUAUGUAUGUAUGUAUGUAUCAUGAGACUCAUAACUACUGAACCUUACGAUCAGUGAGGCCAUCAAUACCCAAGAAAGGGGCUAUCAAACUUAGGCAUCCUCAAGCUAGAAGACAUGAAAGAUUUGUUGAAGGAGAACUCGCUUCACCACUCUGGUGCAUUAGGGUGCGAGUGGUGGACCAGGAGUAGAAGGUAGUAUUGGCAGCAAGAUUGAGAGCCAGUGUGGUGUAGUGGUUAAGAGUGGUAGUCUCGUAAUCUGGUGAACCAGGUUCAUGUCUCGGCUCCUCCACAUGCAGCUGCUGGGUGACCUUGGGCUAGUCACAGUUCUUUGAAGUCUCUCAGCCCCACUCACCUCACAGAGUGUUUGUUGUGGGGGAGGAAGGAAAAGGAGAAUGUUAGCUGCUUUGAGACUCCUUCAGAUAGUGAUAAAGCGGGAUAUCAAAUCCAAACUCUUCUUCUUCUCUUCAAGAUUGGGCCUGAUCCCUUCACCAGUCCAGACUAGCACAUUUAUUAAUACAGAUCAGGCCUCAUGGCAUCACCUCAGUGCUGCCUCUUCCCAAGUCUCAGAACUCUCCAUUUUUGAGCUGGCCCCAGAGGCAGAUUUAGGGGAAUGCAACCAGUUUGGUAACCCUGGGUUUGGAGCCUCAGGGGUGCCACAACUAUGAGGUAGAAUGGAAGGUGAGAGGUGAGGGCACUGAAUUUUGGCAUCACACAGAGCAUCACUGAAAUUAGAGAGACCCCAACGUCCACCACUGUUGCCCCCCACCAGCAGGCCACCAAAAGUCCACCUCCACUCAGUCCAAACUCCACACAGACUGAUGGGGAGACUGGAUUGCUCUACCAGUUACCCCAUCCCCUUGUUGCUGAGUAGAUUUUGUUUAGCAACUUCAGCCACAUUGGGAAUAACCAGCACUACAAAGAGUUUCACUUUCAUGAGUAAAAUGAUAAAAUUUCCCUACCCCCUUUGGUGAAUGAUUCAGAAGGAGUCAUUGAAUAAAAUGUAUAUAGGAAGUUAGGUGGCAGAUGUUAAGUAUUUAUGAAUGCAAAGCGCAUGACACAAUGCGUUUCCAUUUGGAACAGGAAAAGAAUAAGGCCAUGUUCCAGCAAAAGCAGCAGAAUAUUUUAGGUAUUAGCAGAAAACAUUGUAAUUUUAUGGAAAUGAUUUAGUUGAAGAUACUGACAUAUUGUAUCCAAGUACUGUUCUCCUUUCCCUGAGGUAAGGUAUGUUUCCUUAAAUUUUAGUUGCAAAGAGCACCUGGUAUUAAAUUGCUAUCAUCACCUCAUAAAGUACUCAAGUGUGCUCUUCAAAAUAGAAGCCUAUACCCUCCCUGCUUCUCUUUCAAGAAAUUACAAGAAUCACCAAACAAUGACUGCACUCCAUGAAUCCAGAAGAAUAAAAUAAGCAUUACUAUUAAUUCUGUUAUUUAGCUUUCAAAACCUUCCUUGAUUUGGCCAAGUUAUGUGACCCAAGUUGGACUAAUCAUUGGUUUCCCGUGCAAAAAAUGCAUGGUUCAUGACAGAGUAUAAUAAAACAUGUCUGAAUCAUCUUAUUUGGGCCAUUAGUAAUUCCCAACUUUAAGAAAACUCCAAUAUCCUGUCCCCCUUUUUAAUAUAAAGGAGGUUAAGCAGUAAUUCAGAGAAGUAACCUAAGCAAUAAAUCAUCAGGGGGACUCGCAGCUUUAAUGGAAAGAAGUGCAUAACAUCAAGACCCAUUUGUCCAUUUGGUUUAUGGGGAAAUGCUUAAUGCAUGAUUUAUGCCAAAUGUUUUGGUAGCUCUGGGGGGGAAACCCCCCGUAGUAGUAGUAGUUUAUUUAUUGUACAGCAACAAAGCCAUAAACAGCUUGAGACCAGGAUACCUGAAGAGCUGUCAUGGGAGGCUAGGAUGACACAAAACUAGACAAGAACUUUAUUGUAUCUCUUAAAUAAGACCAGCAAUGGGGAACUUCUGUGUCUACCCAGCUACAAAUGAGACCAGGGCCACCUAGUAACUAAACUGUAUAACAGUAUUACCCACACUGGGCAUUUUGCUCCUGUAUGAUCCUGCCUGUUCAUUAAGGUCAAGAGGAGAAGCCUUUUGUGAGUCUCAUUUGAAGAACAGCUGGUGGAAUGGAGGGAAAGGGCCUUCUCUGCAGUGUCCAGAUUGUGAAAUCCCUAACUGAGGUCUCACCUUUGUGGGUCUUCCACUGUUACCUGAAGGCAUGUUUGUGUCCUCAGACUGGAUGAUUUCCAGCAUCCAUAGGAUGUGUCCUUUUUUAAUCUGCUGUUCUCGUUUAUUAAUUUCAUAUUGUUUUUAAUUGUUAUGAUAUAUCUCUUCAGGCAUUCAAAGAACAUGUGAGGGCACAAAGUAGGUAGGUAGCCUGGGGGCAGAACUUUUGCCUUGCUCCUGCCAUUCAGAGGGGAUUGGACUAGAAGAUGAUCCAUGGAGUCCCCUCCAACUCUACAGUUCUCUAAUUCUAUCUCUAUCCCUGUCUAUAUUCAGAAGAAUGGUCUGAAAGGGGAUUCCAAGAGCAAACAGUCUCUAGUUGCUGGGAAUCACAAGUGGGAAGACUGCUGUUGCAUUUAGGUCCUGCUUGUGGGAUCCCCAUGGGCAUCUGAGAUAACUCAAUUGGUAAAGCAUGAGACUCUUAAUAUCAAGGUCAUGGGUUAAAGUCCCAUGUUGGGCCAAAAGAUUCCUGCAUUGCAGGGGGUUGGACUAGAUGAUCCUUGUGGUCCCUUCCAACUCUGUGAUUCUGUAAUCUGGUUGGCCAUUAGAAGAAAAGGAUGCUGAACUAGUUGGGCCACCAGCUUGAUCCAGCAGAGCUCUUCUUGCAAUUGAACUUCUUUGUACAUGCUUACAAACCUCCCUGAAAUCAGGAAUCCUGCAUUAUCAGGGGUCCUGAGAAUAGGAAUGGCUAUUUAUUUGUUUGUUUGUUUGUUAUUUAUAAGAUUUUUUUUAACCUGCCAUUACUCUGAGGUACCAGGGUGGGUUACAACACUAGAAUAUACAAAUUUAUAAACAAAUAAAAACAUUACAAUUGGAAAACAUUUUUAAAAAAACUUUUCCGAAUGGAACACAACAGUGGUGUUUGCAGACUGUUUUAACUAAUUUUGUUAUUGUAUUUUUAUAUGGUGAAGAGUGGAUAAGAAAUCCAAGAUGAUGCAGGAGGAUGAUUAUGAUGCUGGUGAUACAAUAAGCAAAACCCAAAGUGUCUGACUUUUGGCAUUGUACUCUUAGCAGCUAACAUUUCAGGAUGAGCACUUUAUAAUGCCUUCACUAAUAAGUCGCCUUAACUCUGCUCAAGCAGCAGCAUCUAGUGUGUGGAAUCCAAAGGGCUUCCGGGGUUAAUUCUGUCACCGCAGUGUUGACAUGAGGCAUGUAACAGCUUUCAACUCAAAAUGUUACUUGUAAUCUUUUAAUCCCAAAUUAGUUCAACGUAUUAGUCCAAAGAUCAAACAUGAAGAUUAAUUAGACUAGUUAGCAUAAACUCACAGAACCUAUUUGUUUUGAGGUUACGUUUAAUCUCGGAAUAAGUCCUUGGUAAAAUAGGUAACUUUUUUUCUUACCUAAGUUUUAUGUGAGCUCUUCCUACUGACAGAUGGCACAAUCCGCCCGAACUUCUGUACAGGUCCUGUUCUAAACAGGGCUUGUGCAGAAGAUGAUUUCAGUGGACUGAGACCAUUAUGCUCACCUGGUAAAUUAUCAGCCUGGAGGCCAGUCCAACUCAGUGUUAGGAACGCUAAAACCAAAUAUCUAUAGACAUCAAUGUGUUGAAUCUGCUGGAGUGGAGCCUGGAGAGUUAGGGGUUUGUUUAUUUUUCUACCAGCUGCACUACAGUUCAUAAUUAGGACAGAAUCAUAACAGGUAGAUUUGUCCCAAGCCAGAUCUGUGCCUUAUUUCAACUGUAAACAAUACAAAUAAUCAUUUAUGUUUUAAAGCUCUCUCUGUCCUGUUCACAACAAAAUUUGACAGUGUAGUAUAUAACAUUUGAGGAUCAGGAGUCAGGAACCUCAAGCACGGGGGCCAAAUCCAGCCCUCCAGCUCUCUUAAUCCAGUCCUCAGGACUCUCUCUAGGCCAUACACCCUCUUUUCUAGCCCUGCUCCAUGCUUUCCUUGAGUGCUUUUGCCUGGCUAGAAUGUGCCCUUGCACUGUAAUGAGCCCACUGCUUGCCUGGAUGAAGGAUGGAGAAGUUUUUGUUUGGGUGUGUAAAUCCUCUGACUUUUGCAUGGCUAAAAUGUAGCCUCCAGUACAAAGCUAAGAGUCUGUAACAUCCAUUGGUCUAUCCAUUUUUGUCUAUGGUCCCACCCACCCCUGGAAUGUGGCCCUUGGAAACUUGCUCAGAAGGGAAUGUAACCCUGUGGGUCCCUUUCAGGCCUGUUAUCCUGUAUCUGUGAGGUUUGAAUCUAGAAAAAACAAUCUGCUGAACCUGCCAAACCAGUUCAUCUGUUAAGCUAUAUACCCAUCAGCAGCAUCUUAAAGAGUGGGCUCUGUUGCCAUAGAGACAAAUGGGGGUGAGGUCUUUUCCCUCCUCACCUGGCUGGAUGUUAUGUCAGUCUACAUAGGAGAGCAGUAUGAUGGCAGGGGCAGGUGGCUGUUCAGGCAUGAGUUUUGGCUGAUGCUGGAGACAUAGAGAGUUGUCUUGCUCUGGGCUGGACCCAAAGCUAUGGCUUGGGGAUUUCCCUGGGAACCUAAUGAAGAGGCAAUAUAUGUUUGAAUGUCAAAGCUGUGAGUGUUGGAAAACAAGCCUCUUCGGGAGAGACUGGCAACUCUCCCAGACUCCCGGCUUGUUUACCGGUGACCUCCCUGGCUGCAAUCCCCGCAACUUCAGGAUAGGUCUCUCUCGAUAGGCGACAUUUCCCAGCAUGGGAAAAUGCACACCCCCUCCCUCCUUGCUUCCCAGCAUGGAAAGGAGAUAGCCAGAAAUCUAUUUACAUCUCUUUAUUUCUGACUUUGCAGCACUACAGAAAACAUGUCCGAUCACUUCAGACUUCAGCAAGCAAGUCACGAAGACUUCCUUUACAAACACAACAGGAAGGUCUCAUAUUACACACUGAGCAAAUUCCGGUGAAUCACCCUGUGAACUGACUGUAACAUUGUUUCCCACAGUCAGCCCCAUCAUGUGAUGUUUUCACCGAGCUGGUUUGCAGCUGCGUUGCAUUCAUAUCGUAACAUCGAGCUCCUCCUUCCUAUGCUCAGUUUGUAUAUAUGUGUAAAUAUGUUACAGAGACCAGAGUCUCCACUGUCCUUCAUUCCAGCUAAACUAAACACUGGGAAAGCACAAGUACCUUUACUGCCUGCAAAGAGAGCGACCGAGAGAGAUUAUUUAGCAUUAGUUUAGUGCAAAGCCUUGUUCAUACCUCACUCUACAGAGCCAAAGCCUUGUUUGAGGGGGCCAGUGGCACCCACAGACACAACCCUGGAGGCCACAGCCCUCCCUCCAGUUGGCUUACAAGCUUACUAGGUGACAGGGGAAAGCAGCAAUGGGUCAUGGCAGUGGGGACAAGUGGUGGAGCUGAAAGGACUGGUUCUUCUCUCGGGGCCAUCCAAUGCCUUGCGCUGCCAGGCCAAGAGACUGGAGCUGCCAGCACAAUAAUUUCCCCAUUAUACCUCUGGGCCCUGUGCUAGCAUAGCAUUGCAAAGUGCUGCUACAUUGCAGGUGGGACCCAGGGGCAUUAUGGGUGAAAUUAAUAUGGUAGUGUCUCCAGCUGUCCGGCCCAGAAGUCCUCUGAAGACUGUGCACCACACAUUUUUUGAAAAUGAAGAAAAAGACACCAUGGUGCUUGGGACCCCUCUGAGAGCACCAUAGUGACACUGGGCCUGUUCCCCCAUACCUCAGGAGCCCGUGUGUAUAAAUCCACAGUCUCACUGGAAGCCCUCGUAAUUUGCUCCAUGUAUAGAAACAUAUGCAGCCCACAGUAUUCUAUACCCACUGAUGGAGGCUCCACAAGACAGAACCUGGUCUUUCCCACAUCACCUACCCAAGACUGUUUUAAUAGGAGAUGGCAGGGAUUGAACAUGCAGCCUUUUGCAUGCAAAUCAUAUGCUCUGAAUCUGAGCUAUGGUCCAGGAACUGCAAUGCGCUACAUGGCAACACAACAGCAGUAUACAUAUAAAUAGGUGUGUGUGUGCAUGGAUAUAUGCAAUAUACGAAACUGUAUCCUAUGCAUAUGGGGUGGGUGGGUGACUAUAAGAUUUCUAUUUUCUUUCCAUAUAUAUUAAUAACCAAACCUGCAAUAAGAUAAAACCAAACUGGGUUAUUUUCUUCAUUUUUUUCCUGGUUUUUGGAAUGUUGUUUGAUUAACUCGAUAACGCAUUUGUUUGGUGUGAGGCGGAGGGGACAGAAUCUGUAUUGAGGGAGGGGCAUAAAUCUGUUAACAGGGGUCAUUAGACUGGACAAAUGCCUUUCUCCCCUGCGUUUCCUAGAUAAGGAAACCCUAUCUAGUAGUUAAAUUCCAAACGUCACGCUGGAUAGCAUUACAGAUCCCCAGAGUGUUGCUACAGAGUUCAUGCCCUGUUUCAUCAAAUACCCCAUGACAUUUAACAGGGGCCCAUGCUAAUUAUAGGGAUUUAGCAGACGCUGUCACAAAAUUUAGCAGACAUUUCAUCACAAAAAAAUCGCACACCUUUGUCUUCAGUGUCUUCAGACUUCUGGGGACAUUAACAACAUUUUGGCAAAAAGCUGCCAUUCGUUAAUGAGUCUUUCAAAGCAGCACUCAUCAACUCACUGGCAUCAUAUGCCCCAUCCUGUUCCAUCUUAUUAGUGUGAUCUAUGGCAGUCAGUAGGCUUGAGAUUCAAGAUGGUUUUAAAAUUGUCAAAUUCGGUUAGUGAGAAGAUGGGAAGUUAAGCAGUUUCUUUUCUGAGCAUCAGAGUGGAUGUUGUGACUUGAUCUUCUCUGGAACUUAAACAGUCAAAUUUCCUCUCUUCCCCGCACUUACAUAAAUUAGGAACAGCUGGAGGCCUUGUGCAUCUGAUUAUAAUUUCUGUGAAAUAAUUUGGCUCCAUUGCAACAGUUGAUUGCAUCUAACUGUAUUCUACCCAUAGAAGAUCCACUGAGAUUAACGGACCUAAGUUGGUUAUGUCCAUUAAUUCUUAACAUUAUUUACACCUCCAUCAUUAAAAACAUUCAGGAGGAAUUUAAAACAUUCCUGUUCAUCCAGGCAUUUGAUGUCUGAAAGAUGCUCUUCCUGUCAACCUUGAAAUUAUUAGAGGUGAGGAUAUGUGACUGUACUUAAAUAUUUGUAGAAGUUCUUAAUGCUUUAAAUAUUAUUUGAUUUUUUUAAUUGCACUGUUUUGCUGCUUUGUUGUUUCCUGCCCUGAGCAACUUUGGAAUGGAAUGUAACAAAUGAAUGAAUGAAUGCAAUAGGUUUCUUCUGAAUAUGCCUAACACAGGAUACAAUCCUGUAUUUCUAAGAGCAAAUGACAUAUCUUUCAGACGUGAGUGUCUCCGCCAUUCAUUUUUAUGGGGGGGAAGUAAAAGAAAAAAGCACAUUCAGGCAUGGGGUGCCUGGUGAACACAGCCCGAGUGCCUCUUCUCAAACAUGUUGCAAGAUUUCAACUCUUGUCUUAUAGAAUUCAGUAGAAGCCAAUGACUCAUUGCCAACUGCAGGGCCCCGCCUCUUCAUUUGCAUAUUGCCACCCUGUAUCUUGCUGUAGUGGAAUCUUGGAAACACAAGAACCCUUUUUUAAAGCAUUCAAACUGUAUAUUUAAUGAAUGCUCAAAAGUAGAGAGUGGCAGGCUUUUUGCCUCCCACUAUGUGUACCCUUGAAUGCCUGAAUGGGGCAUUUAUAUCUAGAUGCAUGAAAGGCUGUAGCCCGUGCAAACCAGAAACUGGUCAAGGGCAAGAUUUCCAUUCUCACCAACCAAACUAUCUGCAUGUCAUACACAUGGGGCUCUUUCCCCAUGUGUAACAUGUAAAUGGGCAGUGCUGGAUUUAGGGCUGUGUGGGUUAUUCUCAUGCACAGGGUGCUGAGCCGAGGGCGUGCAAAAUUGAGAAGAUCCAUCACUGAGAAGAUCCAUUUCGGGAUGCCAAAUUUUGGCCUCAUUCAGGGCAACAUGCUACCAAAGAUUACCCAAGUCCGCCCCUGGCAUGGGGUGGGACACAGCCUUUCUGUACACUCCAUGUGACGCAGAAGAAUGUUCAGGGGCUACAGAUCAGUGGCAGAGAAUAUUCUUUGCAUGCCAAAGGUGUUUGUAGGUAUAAUCAAAAUUAAGACUGUGGCAGCAUAACAGAGGCAUUGUCAGGUAUUCAGGUUACCUGGUUUUGGCCACAUGCUCAAUCCUUGACCAAAAUAAAAUAAAAUUGUCAGCUCAAAUCAAAUGUCCACAUGGUGAAGAGGUCACCUGGCCAUUCCCUCACCAGCCUAGAUUCCACUGUACACAUUACUUCAAGAGGAAGCGGCAGACCCCUCAGUAUCCCAGUUUGUCUGCCUAGCAUCUGCUCCAGAAGCACAUUGUCAUGAAUUCUCCGCACACAUUCAUCUAAAUGUUUCCUUGAAUCUGCAAUUAUGUCCAUUGAUCCCUAGCAAAGAUCACAGUUUAGUGCGCUUAGUAAGAGAUGAAGCAAAGACCCUUCCUGGUCUUGUUUCUCUAAAUUAUACCUUCAUCUUCCAGUAUCAUGGUGGGUUUCCAAGAGGUUCAUGGGGGAAAGAACAGUGCUCUCAUAAACUGAUGGUGUACCAGACCAGAUAGAUUUGGUAUUAGAAAUAAAAGCUCUAUGAAUCUCAUCACACUAUCCUGUGUGACCAGUUUACUGUCUAGAUUCUGAAAUCUAGGAAUCAGAAAGGAGUCAUUUCUACAGCCAGAAGAAAGGCCACUUUUUAGAAGUGACAGCAAAGUAUGGGAUGUGGCAGAUUAAAAAAAAAAAAAAACAGCCCACAAGUCAAGCUUCUAAAUUAAUCAGUUUCCUGCAAGAAAGCAUACAGGAAACUGGAAUGUUACUUUGAAAUUCUAACCACAAGCGCCUGUGACAUUCACAUUCACCAGUUCUCCCAUUCACUGUCUUGAAUAAAUAGCUUAGCUUCCACAUUUUCGUUGUUCCAAAAUCACACAUGACGUUCUUGAGCACAAGGCCAGUAAAAAGUUCUUCGCUUGUAGUCUAAUCUUAUUUUAUCACUUGCUCUGGAAAACAAAGUGCUGCAGUCCAAACUUGCACCACAAUGAAACUGCAUCUGAACAUGAACUAUAAACUGUAAAACUUAAUACUGUUUAAGAGAUGAUGGUUGAAUCCCUACUGCCAAUAUACAUGUCACUGAAAUAGAUCUAGCAAAUGUUGCUUCUUAAUUUAACCCUGAUUGAUUUGGCAUAGCAUUUCAAUAGCUGACAGUAAUGUGACUAAUGCUGUAAAAUUUACCUGAGCAGACAUGCACAGGACUGUGCUGUAAUUUACCUAUAGAAAAGAGGUAGUGCAAACCGAUGUUUUCUCCCAGGAGCAUCCAAGCCACAUCUUUUCCAUCGCUACUGCUUGAGUUGGUUGGGGACUGGAAUAUGCUGGACAGUCUUCUUAAUGCAGGCCUCUGGGCCAUUAUUGGGUUACAAGGAUUACACACAUGAAGGUGGCAGAUGGUUGGUGGAAGGACCUGAGUGAGAGGCAGGGAAGGGAAAAUAUCCCAGGGUGAGAGACUAGAAGAAAGGAAAGCUCCCAGGUGAGAACUGUAAGUGUCCACUAUCUGCAAGUGUCAUGGGUUAGGAGCUACCUUUGAGAGAAGAUUCUAUGUAUUCUUUCUUUUUUUUAAGAUUAGUUUCUUUUAUCAUAUUGUAUUAUGAAAAAGUGUUAAUAAAAUCUUAUGGAAAAAAUAAUAACGCAAGCCUUUACAACUAGUCAAAUAAACUGGGGAGAGCAGCUGGUGGUCAGUGUAGACCAGGGUCUGGAACUGGAUCUGGCCAGAGGGUUAGUCCCAGAACUACAUUGACAAGUGAGCUUCUUAUAUGCAUUUUUAUGCAUGCUUCCCCCAAUACACUAUAUGCAUUUCUGUACACAUUUUUGGGAUGCAACGCUACGUCACAAAAUUUGGCCAAUUUUUAUGGGCAGCUGUGUUUUGGUUCAUGUACUGCAGGUGUGGGAGCAGGAUCCAGUCACCAGGCUGCAACCUGAGAGCACACACAAACACAUCUUCUGCAGGAUGCACUUCCAAUACUAAGUAUGUUCCUGAUUCUUUUCUUUCUUCCUUUGCAGGCACAGUUUGAAUGUGUCUGUGGGAUGUGGAACACAUAGCAGUCAAGUACAACAUUCCUAGAGUGAACAUGCUAGAGGAUGCUUUGUACCAGCCAGGAGAAAACUUCCCGUUUCCUCCUGAGCUGGGACAAACUUCCUCUGCAUGUGACUAGAGGUGGGCAUGGUCUAAUCUGGCCCUCUCUCUCCCUGGGAACAAGAGCAAAGCAGGGAACACACCUCUCCCUCUUUCUGCUCUUCUCCAUUUUGUUUUUCCAUGUGUGAGAAGAAGUGACUGCUUGUUCGCAGUCACUUAGGAACUAACUCUCUUAUGGGAUAGUUCCACAUGUGUAUAUACUUUUGUAACAUAAGUCUGCCUUUAGAGAUCCAACUGUGAACUGAAUGAAUGUGAGUAAACUACUUUUAUGUUGACUUGAAUAAGAUUGUCGUGUUUAUUCUUUUUAAGAGGGACAAUAAGGGAUCUUACCAGGAAUCCUAUAUUUAGAGGCUAAAACUAGCCUGCAACAAGCAAAUCGCUGUGCGUUUAAAGGGGAAUGUUUAAACUCUGCUUAGAUAUAGAACUUGCUAAUUCAAGUUAGGAAGGAUAUCAUUAAAUAAUAUAUCCUCUCCUGCCUCCCUGAACAUUCCCACAUUGCCUUGCAAAGGGACAUUAUCAGGUAAGGAAACACUGGGAAGUUGAAUAAAACACUAUCUGAAUGCAGCCACUGUCACGUUUCUGGCAUUGAUAAUGUUGGACUAGAUGCUGAUAGUUCUUUGUUGAUGGAUUUGCAUCAAGAAACUGCUUCUGCUAUAGUUAUGGUGUCUUGUUUGAAUAUAACAUGUUUAUAAAUGGCAACGGGCUAAAUUUGCCUUCUAAACAAAAGAUUUAAAAUAGUUAAAGAUUAAGUGUAUGAAAGAGCAAUAUUGAUUGCCACAAGGAAACAAAACUUUUAUCUUUUCUUAUCCUUAGAUCCACAGUCCACACAAUUGAUAUCUGCAGGUUUGUUCACAGUGGAAAUGCUGGACAAUCCUUUUCAGUGUGUCAAGUAAGCAGGCCACACCUUGGCUUAUGUAAACUUAGCAUACAAUGCGUAUUCCCUUUCAAAGUACUUAGCUUAUUCAUUUCACACCUUUCCCCCUUAUAGUCUGUGUUUAAAAGCAAAAUAGGCCUAUACACAGUGAUCUUUCAGGGAUAACCUCUACAUUUGCCUCUUUCAUGAAAGUGGUAAUAGCUGUAUUCAUAUGACAGGUUAUUUCAUUUUCUCAGUAUUUCCCUGUUGAUUUCCACAUUAUAUCUGAACUUUCAUAUGAUAUAAAAGCCACUUCUGGAAAACAUAUGAAAUAUAGUGCAUGCUUAGGACUCAUUUCCAUGUUAUUUGAUUCCAGAAAAAAUCUGACGCAGCCCCCUUAACCCAGAAAAUUACAGAAAUAAAGUGACAACAUUUGGAAUGGUUCUGCCUGGUAAGUCCACCAAAGCCUAACAGAGGUUCCUCAGACCUGGAACUGAUGUUAUCACGCUUCCUUGUACAAAUUCCCAGUAUCAUUCCAAAUAAAUUCCUUUUUCUUCUGGCUCCUCACUAGCCAGUCCAUUCCUGUCUUAUAGUCUUCCUCCCAUUAAAUCUCAGUGCUUGUUGCUCAUGAUUGCUGCCUUAUAAAUCCCACUCCUUGUAAAUACAUCACCUAUGACCCAGCUGAAGCUUCUGCGACUCCUUGCUUCUGUGAAGACUCCCUGUAACAUUCUACUUAACUGAAUGAACACAGAGGAGUAUCCACAAUCGGAGUAGAAGUUUUAAAAGCACUGAGCAAGAGUACUUGUCAAAAUUCAUUUCCAAGAGUUAGCACUGUGGCUCACUAAUGCAAUCCUUCCAGUAUGGUUCUUAGCUUUUCUUUCUAUAUAUAUGGAUAGCCAAGUCUUUCCAAAAUCCCUUUAAAGGUGAUUUGUUUGCCAAAAAGGCUUAAUAAUGUUGCUUUUUCGGAUUAUUGUACUGAUUGUGGGUAAGAGUUCCUCCAUUUAUCAAUUCUAUAGUGACUCCAAAUGGUUUUCAUAGACUUAAAGUCUUUCCUAAAUUGUGUGUGCAUUUGGCAUGUUCCUUACUUACGUUAAAUGACUCUUUAGGACAGAGAGCAGACUGAAUUCAAGCCCACUGAUAAAUUAUGUUGUGCCUUUUUUCUGGAAGACAAGGCAAUUUAUACUUUUUAGGAAUUAUGCCUAUAAACAGAAAUGGGGUGCAGUCUUUGAGUAGUUCCCACCAUCUACAGGUAUGAUGAGCACAAUGCAGUCAGAAAGGUAAAUAACUGUGCACUUAUAGCAUGACCUCAAGGAACAGGCCAUGCUGCUCUCUGCUCUGCCACGACACUUUGCUUAAUGCUGCUGCUGUUGGGUUGAGUUACUUGAAAGGACAAUAAAAACUCCAUUGAGUGCAGCUGUUAUCCCUUUCCUAAAUACAGUACUUCAGUUGGGUAGCUGUAAAGCUCCAUUCGUAAGUCAAGCUGUGGUCAAUAUAAUAUUCACAUAUCUUGCCACGCAGGAAGCAUUCAGGAAAAGUGUAGGAGCCUCUUUCCAGUUUGAAAUGUUACUACUAAAUUCCCAUCAGGUAUGGUGCCAAUCCUUUCUCAUUUUUAUAUGCAAGUUCAUAACCUCGGUUAUACUGCUCUCAGCUCCUUAAAAGAGGGGGGGUUCAAUAAAUAGGCUGAGAUCCAAGGAGUUGGGAUUGGCCUGAUGUUUACACACACACAGCUAGUCUCAGAGACUGGAGGCCCUCCGGAGCAGCAUUCUAUGAGUGGCAAGGUUCAGCCGGUAGAAAGGAAAACUAGCAUAUAAGGCUAUUUUGAUCUAGUGUCCCCAAGCAAGAUUUCUGUGGGCCCAGAAAAAGCUUGUAACAUUCUUGUUGUGGGGUGGGAAAAACAAGUAAUUGAUAAGAAAUGCCCCAUCCAGAUGCCAUUUUUGUUGUGCAUUCAUGAUUAUUCUGCUUCUGAUGGUAUUGGGUUGGUUACAACUGACCCCACUUUCUAUACAUUCACUGUUAGGAGUGAGCCAGCUGUAAAUCACACGAAGCAAGUGGAGUUAACUCUUAAUUAAAAAUAAAUGAAAAACCCAGGAUCUGCACAGGAGUGUCAAACCUAAUGAGCACACCAACUCUUCUUCGGUAUGUCUUGCAAAGCAGUUGCAGAGACUGAAGGUCCCCCCCAUCCCACCGCUGCCUAAGUCCCUUCCUCUCCUGGGUUUUUCCCAAGCAAUCUGAGACUGCACCUCCAUGGCUAAUUUCUCCUCCACCCUUUUCAUGCCUCUCCUGGUUCUGGGAGACUAGGAGGGAGGGGAGCUUAUCGCAGCAGGAGCGGGAGACACUCACCAGCCUGACAUCUCUGCCUCUUGGCCUCCCUCAUCCCACUCUUCUGCUGCAGCUACUGAUUCUUAUUCUGGACUUCUCUGUGCCACAGACUCUCCCUCCUCAUUAAGCCCUGUUAUCUUUUCAGCUUCAGACACCUCCCAGUUUCCUCUCUCUGAUCACUCAUCGUCAUCCCUCCACCAAUCCCUGGGGUCUGAGUCUUCUUCCCUUGGGGGUUCCCCAGCUGGUUCUUCCCACCAUUCCUCUGCAUCCAUCCAGUCCCUGACAUCCACACCUGCAAAUGUUUCAAGGUGGACAUUUCCAGUCAGUCCAUGUCCUGUAGCCUCCUGCUGAAAGCCUGCAACUUUUUAUAACCACCAAUGUUCCACACUUGUUGUUUUGUCCUGCUUUUGAUCUGCUAUACUACCAAUUUGCACCUCCAGAUCGUAAACGUUGGACAACAUUGAGGAAGCAUUGCAGAACAACCAAUAAGGCAGAAUGAUAUCUAGUUGGUCCACUAUAAAUCCACCUCUGUUGCUCCUUGAUUGCAUCAAUGCCAUAUUGCAGAAUACACCCACGCAAAAACCUUCCAAGGACCUUGUUGUGGAAAAACAGAAGAAUUGUUUGGUAGUUCACUUAACACAUCAGUUCCAUUUCAGAAACAAGAGCAAGCAAUUCAAAAAUCCAAAAUUCAAGGAGAAAUGCAGAUAAGGAUUUUUGAAGCAUCCAUGUGCAUAGAAGGCAAAAGAAAACCAACAACUUUAAUGUUUAUUGGUUCUUUGGAACAUUAGGAACUAUGCAUCUCCAAACUAAGCAUGCCUGUGCUGGACUUUUGCUGAUUUUGUGCUGGACUGUGCUGAUUUUGCUCAGAUACCUAUCAGACCAGUUAUGGGCAAGCAUCUUUUGGGAAUUGUUUCUAAGAAAAAGUUUCCAUUGCUAAUCUGGUCUUAGUUACAUAGCUUUUGGUACUGCUGUGAAAAUAAUAAAAUAUGAAGAGAUAACAAUGGGAAUGGGUUUCUUGAGCGUUCCCCACAUGCAGUUUUGAAAUAUUUGUAACUGCACUUCAUGUCAAACACAAUUUAUGCAAUGCAGUCCAGAUCCUACUGUAAAAACACAACUGUGCAUGGUGUGUGUGAGUGUGUGUGUGCAUGUACAUGUUUUAGGAAUGUACAGUGGUGCCUCAGGUUAAGUACUUAAUUCGUUCUGGAGGUCUGUACUUAACCUGAAACUGUUCUUAACCUGAAGCACCACUUUAGCUAAUGGGGCCUCCUGCUGCCGCUGCACCGCCGGAGCACGGUGGUGUUCUGUUCUCAUCCUGAAGCAAAGUUCUUAACCUGAAGCACAAUUUAUGGGUUAGCGGAGUCUGUAACCUGAAGCAUAUGUAACCUGAAGUGUAUGUAACCUGAGGUACCACUGUAUAUGUAGAAAUGUAUAUAGCAGGUAACAGAGCCAAUGGCAUCAGAGUUUGGUCCUUUGGGGAAAGUGUUAGAGAAAUCAGAAGCUUGGACUUAUCUGCCCUACCAACCUAUAUUAGUUUUAUACCACUCUAACUGAAAAUAUCCUAGGGAUAGUAGUUUGUUGCGGCACUGAUAGUUCUCUGCUAGAAAUUCCCUUAUCCCACUCUCAGAACUAGGGUGUGCUAGUCCACACUUCCAUUUGUCCUGCUGCUUUCCCCUGGGAAAACCUAUUCUUUUUUGUGUGUGGAAUCAGAACAUACAUCAAUUGGGUUUUCUAUGGAUUGGAAUUUGCUCUGAUUCAAAGGCAAAGAGCAGGAAAGUGGUGUGGCAAAUGGAAAACUGCUUGGAGCAGAGUCGGACCUUGGUAAUAAUAUUUCUGCUCAAACUAUAAUAAUUCAACAGAUAAAUUGCCAGCUGCAGAUUUCAUGAAAAUAUUGUUGGUGACACGUUGUUUGGUUGUUUUAACUGAGCAAGUGCCCAUCAUAUGCAGAACUAAAAUUCCCAGUAUUUGCUGGGGAAAGGGCUUUAUUCCUUAGUGUAACUAUGUCCAUACUGAACUGGGAAUAUUAUUUUCAUAUUGUUAGAGAGCAUCAAACCAACCUGAGACAUCUUUUCUUUUCUUUUCUUUUCUUUUCUUUUCUUUUCUUUUCUUUUCUUUUCUUUGAAAGAAGUAAGAUGAAUCCCUCCUGCCAGUGGAAUGGAUUAAGAAGGGAAAUGCCUGGAAGACUUAGGAUGAGGUUUGUCUCAGUCGGCCUUCCUAACUUCUAAAUAUUGGAAAGGAAUUAACCUAAUUAAUUCAAAACCAGAUACUACUGGGAUGCAACAGUAUGGGUGAUUUAUUGUCUCUUCUCCCCCCCCCAAACCCCCCCCCCACACACACUUCCUUUAUACUACACAAACCCAUUUUGCUACUGGUUGCUUCCACUCUAGCCAAUUUCUCUGGAAAUGAUACAUAAUUUGAACACUUGGUUGUUCUGGAGGAUCCAGACAACCUCACUGCCUGUCUGAAAUAAAUGGGAAUAAAACUGAGAAGAACUUCAGCCGACUUCUGUAGUAAGCUGUGCAUGCUGGGAGAUUCAGGACAGACAAAAUAAAGUGCUGAAGAACAUAAAGAAAAGUCCAGCUUGCUGUUCUCAUAAUGGCCACCCAGAUGAGGGCUUGUGAAAAGUCCUCAAGCAGGACAGAGGCACAGGAGCACUCCUCCCCUUCUGCGGUUCCCAGCAACUGCUUCUUCCACACAGCACAUCAUUAAACUGGGGAAUUUGCUCCCACAACAUAAAGUGACAGUCACCAGCUUGGGUGGCUUUAAAAAGGGGAUUAGACAAAUUCAUGGAGGAAAAGGCCAAGUCAUUUUAAAACUAUGUAAUGUUAGGACUCUGAUCAGUAGGCGGUAUUCAAGUAGAGCCACUGUUACACUAUUGCAGACCCUCCAAGCAGACCCACCAGGGACAGUCCUGGGCUUACAGAAGCCGUCCCAGUUUCUGAUUUGAUCCUGGAAUGUCCUGCUUUUCCUUAGGGUGUCCCUGUUUUCAUCAGAAAAAUGUUGGCGGGUAUGGAGUUGUGCGACCCCCGAACCAAAGAGAUAAGUAACUAUACAACCUUUAGAAGACAUCUGAAGGCAGCCUGGUAUAGGGAAGUAUUUAAUGUUCAAUGGUUUACUAUGUUUUUAUAUACAUUGGAAGCCUCCCAGAGUGGCUAGGGCAACCUAGUCAGAUGGGCAGGGUAUAAAUAAUAAAAUGAUGGUGAUGAUGAUGGUGGUGGUGGUGGUGGUGGUGGUGAUGGAAUAGGACGCCCCUAUUUUCAUUGGAGAAAUGUUGGGAACACUACAUUUAAAAUGCUAUGAUGCCACUUUUUUAUGUUAACUUUUAUUUAUUUUGUUUAAGUAAGUAGUACAGAAAAAAAGGAAAAAUAGAUUGAAUACAAUCCAAAAAUAUUGAAGGCAAAUAUUACAUACUUAUCAUAUAAUACUCCCCCUCCCACCCACAGCUUCCCUCCGCCACAAUUCAACUUCUUUGAAUCUCUAUUUCCACUUUUAUCUUUGCAUUCUCCAAAUGUAUCAUUCCUUGUAUUUCUUUUAUCUCUUCUCUUUUCCAAAUCAUAAAUAUACUUUACAUUUUUAUUCUAGGCAUAUUAGCAUACCUUCCUUAGAACAAUAUUUUAACAUAUAAUCUUCAAAACAUUUCCAUUCCUUUUUUAAUUUUUGAUUUGACUGACAGCUAUGAUGCCACUUUAAGCAGUCAUGACUUCUCCCAAGAAUCCUGGGAGCUGUAGUCAAAGGGUACUGAGAGUUGUUAGCAGACACCUAUUCCCCUCCCAGAGCUACAAUUCCAAGAGUUCUCUGUGAAAAAAAGGAAUGUUAAACUGCUCUGAGAAUUGUAGCUCUGAGAGGGGAAUACAGUAGACACACAGGACGCCAUCUUUGUUGAUAGCAGGUUGCCUGUUUUCAGAAUCUCCAUCUGAGCAAAGCCUUUUGUGACUUGAUAUGUUCAGGGUCUGCAUUCUCUCGAGAUCUCCAAUUAUGCCAUAGCUGCCUGUUAAAAUGCUGAAGAGCCCUAGCUAGCAGCUUUUUUUCUUUCCUUACCCUUUUCACUCUCUUCAUCAGUGUUCUGGGGAAACAAUUGUUUGGUGUGUUAUAUGGAGAUCAGUUUUGACAGUGCUAUGUUUGCAUGGGUCUCAAUAUAGCUGCAAAGGGGGGGCGGAAUAGCAUUUCAUAGGGAAAAUGAUCUCAUAACAGAGGCCUACACAGUGAGGCUCGUCGCAAGAUUUAUGUUCUGAAAAAUCAAGGAAUCGCGGAUGUUUCAUGCAAGUGUCUCCAAAGCCUGGAUUUAACUGGAUCAUAUCAACUGAGGGAGGAGAAACAGAUGUAUCUCCAGAGCCAGAAAGAAGCAGAGCAGGACAGAAGUGGAGUGCGGGAAGAAAUUAUGUGUGAUGUACACGGCAUCUGAUUUCAAUACGAUAGCUCUUCUGCCCUUUGAAAGUGUAUCUGGAGUAUGCUAUUUGUCCUAAUGCCUAUGGAUUACUUGAUUAUUAUAUUAAACAUGACCCUUCUGUUCCUCUUGGCUUGAGAAAGGCUCACAGCUCUUCUCGCUUUAUGAACAGCAUGGCAAAGUGGAGUCGCAACCCAUUUAUACAGGUAUUUCUUAAUAUCUUCAAAUGUUAUCUCAGUGGGGCUGGUGCUUCACAACCAUUUCCUGGCUCAGAGUUCUGGGGCCCUUCUUUCUUCUUCACUCAUUUGAAUGCUGUCUGAUCCUUGCUUGGUUAUUUUGGUUAUCAGCUUCCAUUCCUUGGACAGCACUCUGACUUCCUUUGAAAGCACAGCUGGUACCAUAAUUAUGUCCAACACGAUGACAACCCAGCUUCCAAGAGGUCUCGCUUGGAUGGCUGCAUUCUGGAUCAGAUUAUGUUUCUGAAUGAUCUGGAGUUUCUAAGUCAUGAUAUCCUUCUCUGACUUUAGAAGUUCCUUGAUAUUCCAACUCUGAAUGACUAGGGAUAAAUCUAGACACAUCAAAGAAGUAUUUCCAUUAAACACGUAAUUUAAACGGGGAAAUCCAGUAGGAAGAAACAGGACUCCAACAGUGCCAUCUGGUGGCACAAUGUUAUACUGCAUAUAAAAAAGGUACCCCUGCCCGUACGGGCCAGUCUUGCCAGACUCUAGGGUUGUGCGCUCAUCUCACUCUAGAGGCCGGGAGCCAGCGCUGUCCGCAGACACUUCCGGGUCACGUGGCCAGCGUGACAAGCUGCAUCUGGCGAGCCAGCGCAGCACACGGAACGCCGUUUACCUUCCCGCUGGUAAGCGGUCCCUAUUUAUCUACUUGCACCCGGGGGUGCUUUCGAACUGCUAGGUUGACAGGCGCUGGGACCGAACGACGGGAGCGCACCCCGCCGCGGGGAUUCGAACCGCCGACAAUGCGAUCUGCAAUUCCUAGGCGCUGAGGUUUUACCCACAGCGCCACCCGCGUCCCUAUACUGCAUAUACAACACGUAUAGAUCACUUUUUCUUUACCAAUCUAGCUGAGUCCUAGCAGUUCAGAGAACGAGAAGGUUUAUGAAGUUAUGGAAGUUGGCCAAUAUCCCAAUUUCUUAUAGUAUCCUGGUGUGUGCUCAGAGCAGGGUCCAAGUUUGGUUGAGAACCCAUGAAGAUUGUUCCACUAGCUGGACACUCCACAUGAGGAUCACAUUCUGUUAAUGUAUAUAUCUGUUUAGAAUGUUGAUGUAUGGACUACAAGGGGAGCAGAGUUCAUUCAGGAAAAUGCAUUGUAAGUGAAACUUUUGCUUUUUAUUAUCUUCCCGUUGUAUCAGUCAUCAAAUUAUUAUAAUACGAGUAACAUUCCAGUCAGUGUCGCUGAUAUUCUGUUUCUAUAGGGGAAAUUCAUAUAGUGCAGCAGAUGCACUACACCAGUGCAAGCAUUUCUCAUCAGCAAUGGCUGAGCUAGCCAGUGUUUAGGCAGGAAGGUGCUUCUCCCCCUGGAAAUUUGGACAGUGCUCUGCUUUUCUUUUUCCGGAGGAGUAAAUGGCAACCAUUUGCUUAAUAGCGGAUGCACCAUUGCACUCAGUAACACCAUUUAAAUACCUGCUCCUUAAUCUUGGCAAGCACAACCAUAGAGAUACCAUGCCAUUUUCACGGAAAAGAGAUGGGGAGGGAAAGCAUGUGAAAAGUGCCCUCGACUAGACAAGGGACUGCCAUCAACAAGAGGAAUUGAGAAACCAAGAGAAGCUUUGCAAACUAAGGCUGCGCUCCCUUUGCUUCUCUGGGAGUAAGCAAACCCCGUUGAACUCAGUGGGACUUACUGCUGAGUAAGUAGCAUUGCCAUGCAAAUACUCCAGGCCAUGGGGAUCUACACAUUCAGAACCAAACCAGAAUGCUAAACGUUUCAUGUCUUGCAUGUGAAUUUUGUUUCACAUUCAGAAGACAGACCAUAAGGUAGAUGCUGCCAUCUAGAGAAAAACAGCAAGAGUUUCCCAUUUCGCUUUGUGAUAGCCUUUUCCUCUUGGGGAGAAUCAGCAGGAACAGCUUGUGAAUCUAGAGAGGAUCUCUGGAGAGGGGCUGCAGCUCAGUGGUAGAACAUCUGCUUUGCAUGCAGAAAGUCCCACAUUCAAGCCCCGACUGGGAGUAACCCCUUGUCUGAAACCCUGGGAAGCUGCUGCCAGUCAGUGUUGAGUGAGUCAAGUAUAAGCCUAUUAUUCCAACAAUGGAUUCAGUGAUAAAUGCACGUAUGGAUGAAAUACCUUGCUGCUCUUUACUCUGUGCAGUACAGCAAUUAGUGGUACCUCGGGUUACAUAUGCUUCAGGUUACAGACUCCACUAACCCAGAAAUAGUACCUCGGGUUAAGAACUUUGCUUCAGGAUGAGAACAGAAAUCGUGCUCCGGCUAAUGGGAGGCCCCAUUAACUAAAGUGGUGCUUGAGGUUAAGAACAGUUUCAGGUUAAGAACGGACCUCUUGAACGAAUUAAGUACUUCACCCGAGGUACCACUGUACCACUUUCUUGCCCCUCAGUAGAUCAGAAAGACCAGCACACAAACAAAGACCAGAUCAAAUAUUUCUGGUGUGUGUUUAUGCCAUUUUGGGGGGGUUGGGGUUUUCUGGGAGGGUGGGAUAAAGGGUGGGGGGUGCAUGGGGUUUUUAACAUUUUGUUUUUAAACGCAAGCAUUUACUCUUAAUUCUCCAGGUUUGAAAGAAGAAGUGCCAAAAGGAGUUCGUGUUAUUUGCUGUGUCGAUUGUUCAGCUGCCUCUUCUCUCUCCCCCCCUCCUUUCUUCAUAAUGCAAAGGUGCUUUGUUUACUCCCCUGUUCUAUUUGAAAGAAAAAAGGAGCCUGCUCAAAUCAAACAGUCACGCACAAAGAAACGAUGGAAAAAUACCUGAAAGACAAGAAAGAAAAGUGGGGGGGAUUUACCUUGUCUCAGGCUAUUAUGCACACAUACAGAUAAAUAAACAGCCCACUCUGUUCAAAGGAUGAGCACACAGACUAAGCCUUAAUGGUAAAAAGGAAUCUUUUUUUAGAUAGAGGCAGUCUCCCAAACUCUUAUUACUGGCAACAAUUCUUGGAACACAGCCAGGGUGACUUAUUAUGAACUACUGGAUUCUGUGUGGUUUAUCAUUUACUUCCUGGGCCUGCAAAUAGUUCUAUAUCCACAAAUCUUUACAAACAUUCAGGACAUCGAUUUCAGCAAAGCUGCUCGCAUCUUUAGAGAUUAACAUGUGUGUUUUCAGUGCAUUUUAAGAGUUGCAUCCACGCUGAAUGAGCCCCACCAGGGGAAAGUAUAGAUGAGAUGGCAGCAAUUUCAUGUCGUAUUAGGGGUUACUUCACUUCAGUUUUAGUUAGAAGGGGAGAUUCCAUAAUAUUUGAGAAUGUCCUACAGUGCAUUGUUUAAAAAGAAAAGAAUAAUCAACAAGUGCUGGGAGAGCUUCCAAACUGAUCUGGGAAACGGAUUGGCUUCCUAUCAUUUGUAAGGCACAACCCAAGAACAUUCUUCCAGUACAAAGCAUCACAUGAUACUCAUUAGUAGGUCCUAUGAAGUCUCCAUGCACCUGUGUUAUUGUGAAUAUUAAUGGAAACAAGGUACAGUGGUACCUUGGGUUAAGUACUUAAUUCGUUCUGGAGGUCCGUUCUUAACCUGAAACUGUUCUUAACCUGAAGCACCGCUUUAGCUAAUGGGGGUCUCCUGCUGCCGCCGCUCUGCCGAAGCACGAUUUCUGUUCUUAUACUGAAGCAAAGUUCUUUUUUUUAAAAAAAAUAUUUUUUAUUAACCGACCAAUCAAAUCAAAUCAAAUCACAUCACAUAAAUUCCGAAUUACAAAGCCGAAUUUUAAAUUUUUGUUGAGGGGACCCAUAUUUCAAGUUCCAAAGGGGGAUUCCGAUCAUCUUCUUGCUACUGCGUUAAUAUCCACAAAUCAGUCCAAAUAAUCCUCAUAAUUCUAUCCAGUCUUAUCUUGCUGUUUCCACAUCUCAUCUUAUUCGUAUAUUUUCUUCUUCUUUCCUUUAUGAUCUCUUCUGAUAAUCUCCUUAAGCAGACAAACAUCAAUUAUAAUCCUGUGUGAAUUUUUCCGUUCGUCCAGUCCUCAUAUCAAGAUGGUUUCCAUAUAUCAUCGCUUUCAUAAAUAACAUCACUCUUUCCAUCCUUAAUCUCGCAAAUCUGUCGCUCUUAAGUCCCUCUGAGGAGUCUCACCCACAAUAUAAAAACAGCUCUUUUCCUCCUCCCAGACUUAAGUCCUCCGACAGAACUUGCCAACAUGGCGAUGGUAUUUUUUACUGCGUCAUUCCAAAGCUCUUAUAGUUUCCACGAUCUUCUUGAAACAUGCUUUGGUUAGUAAAUUAUCUCCACACAGUCAUAAAUUCACAGCUUAAGUCAUUUAAACGGCAUUACUAACUUGUGACUUGUGGGGGGUGGGAUUCUUGGUUAAUCACAUAGAGAAAAGAAAGGAAAGUUUUUCCCCUCCCCCAUCCAGUCCCUUUGCCAUACCGAGCCUUGGUGGGUCUUCUCAUGAUUUAUUCUUGUUCCUCCAACCCGUCUUGUUUAUCAGAGAUCUCUUCAGUUAGCAGUCUUUACUCCCCCUUCUUCCUUGAAAUAUGUGCAUUCGCUUCCUCCUAAUCAUUUCUUUUGAAGUUGCUGCAAACUAGAGGCGUGGAUCAGAGACAGCGUCCAGGAGCGCCGAGAUCCACAGGAGGGCUUUCUGCCUAGUGCUCCCAUCCCCACAAAUUUGGGGGGGUGGUAUCGGGCACAGCAGGCAAGGGCAGUCCCCCCACACCCUUGAGGGGGCAGGGAGGCUAUUUACUCCCAUCACAGCCUCCUAAUUACCUCGUGUGGGUCGGAGAGAUGUUAUUGUCAGCCAUCUUCCGAUGCGCCCCUAGUAGCCCCUCUGGAUUGAAGCAAAGUUCUUAACCUGAAACACUAUUUCUGGGUUAGCGGAGUGUGUAACCUGAUGCGUAUGUAACCUGAAGCGUAUGUAACCCAAGGUACCACUGUAGAUCUCAUUGGUUUCUUUGAGACAUACUUAACCUCCCAUUUAAAUCAAUGAAACACAAAACAACAGCGUAAUCUUAUACAUUGUUUGGGGGGGGAGCAUAGCCCUCCAGAUAUUGUUGGGCUAGCACCUGCAUCAGCCCCAGCCAGCUCUGGCAGUGGGGAGAGAUAAUGGGAGCUGCAGUUCAUCAACAUCUGGAGAGCCACAGAUUCCCCAUCCUUGCUAUACAUAGAACUGGUGCUUGUAUGGAACUUUUCCUAAUUGCCCAAAGAACUUCAUGCACAUAAGCUUAAGAACAUUAGGAGAGCUCUGCUGGGUCAGAUCACAGAACUAUCUCUAGUACAACACCCUGUCUCCCACAGUGGCCAACAUAAUACCCCUGGAAAGUCCAUGAACAAGGCAUGAGCACAAUCGCCACCUCUUGCUUGUGUUCUCCAGUGACUGGAGAAGCAAAACCUCAUCUGAUCCUGGAGGUAUUAUGGCCAGAGGCCAUUGAUAGUCAUAUCCUCUAUGAAUUUGUCUAAUCCACUCUUAAAACCAUCUGCAUUUGUGACCAUCACCACAGCUACUUGUUAGGUAAGCCACUAUUAUCAUCCUGAUCUUAUGGAUGGUGGAUUGAGGCUUUCCUAAGGCUAUCUAAUAAGCUUGCAUCUGAGCUGAGAUCUGAAUGCAGGGCUUGGCAGCUGAUAUCCCACUCAUAUGUCUGCUAUUGUUGUUGCUUAGUCGUUUAGUCGUGUCCGACUCUUCGUGACCCUAUGGACCAGAGCACGCCAGGCACUCCUGUCUUCCACUGCCUCCCGUAGUUUGGUCAAACUCAUGUUGGUAGCUUCGAGAACACUGUCCAGCCUGCUACGCUGUGCUAAUAAUGCAAUGUGUCAUGUUCCAUGUACAACACACUAAUUUUUGCUCCUUUCCCAACAUGAGAUCACUGCAUGGACAUAUCUACUAGCACAUUCUCGUGCUUCCACAUUUCUGUCACCUGAUACUUCUUGUAUCAUGAAUGCAUCUUCCUACUUUUCUACAUCUCAAAUGAUUUAGGCCUCAAAUUUGCAACUAGUGAAUUUCAGAAGCCCCAUCAUAUGACUAAACCCAAGACCUCUGACCUAGAUUUUGCCUCGAUUUUACAAGAUUGUGCACAGAUUGCCUUUUAAUCCCUCGUUGCCAACAAAGAAGAAUUGCUGCUUAUAUCUUGUUGCUGCAAACUUAUCUUUAAAGUCAUGUCUGGAGAUAAUUCCUGGGGAGAACAUCAGUCUACCCCUGGUUGGGUGAAAUGAGAGUUGCGAUGGUUGCCAGCCAGGUCGUCACCUGGUGGUAUUGCUUUUAUCACUAAAUACGCCAGUAUGGUUGGGCAGGGUGGCUGAAGAUACGUUCUUCUCCCUCCCCAGCAGCUGUGUCCCUCAGGACUUGUAACUUGGAUCCAUGGCAGCUAUGGGAGGAGAAUGUAGAAAUUACAUGGCAUCUUUGUGUCCUUAGGAUAUCAAUGCCAAAGGAUGAGACUAGUUCUGAGCCAUCUUCAGCUUUUGCUGCUAAUGAACAGAGCAUGUGAAGAAUAAAGGUCUUGUUUUUGAGGGAGGGAGUGCAACUUAAUAGGAAAAUCUGCUUUUCAUGGAGAAGGUCCCAUGUCCAAUAUUCUGAGGUAGUACUGGAAAAGACUCUGUGCCUGAAACCCUGGAGAGCAACUGCCAGUCAGUGUAGACACUACUGAGAUAAGAUGGAUCAGUGGCUUGACUCAGUAUAAGGCAUCUGCUGUUUUUUUCAGAGGCUUUUGUAGAGUGCCUUUGAGCUUCUCUUGGCUGUAACACUUUACUGUCACCAUGCUUGAUUAAGAAUCCCAAUAUUGCAUAUAGAUAGAUACAUAGCUUUAUCCUACUCUGGGUGUAUAAUAUUAUUUAUCUUAUUAACUGUUACAUUUAUUGUUUGGAAUCCAUAGAAUUCAAGCAAGAUUUUAAAAAUGAGUUAAGAACCAGGUACAAGUGAAAACAAGAUCUAAUAAACGUAAUUUCUACAGAACUCAUCCAAUGUAACUAUAAAAAGGAUAAAUUCUCCCCACCCUACUAAAGUAAGGUUACCAGAUGUCCCCGCUUCCCGGGGACAGUCCCCGGAUUUACAGCUUUCUCAGCAUUCACAUGUACAUAGCAAACAAUAAGUGUCCCUGGAUUCAUUGAAAAAAAUCUGGUAACCUUACACUAAAGAGCACCACAAACAAAGCUGCCAUAAGAUCCAAUUUAAGAACCCUAAGCCUGGACGAACAGAAAGGUCUUAGCCUGGUGCUGGAAAGUUGACAGUGAUGGUAUCAGUCGCGUUUCCCUGGGAAGAGCAUUCCACUACAGUGGUACCUCGGGUUAAGAACUUAAUUCGUUCCGGAGGUCCGUUCUUAACCUGACACUGUUCUUAACCUGAAGCACCACUUUAGCUAAUGGGGCCUCCCACUGUCACCAUGCCGCCGGAGCACGAUUUCUGUUCUCAUCCUGAAGCAAAGUUCUUAACCCGAGGUAAUAUUUCCGGGUUAGCGGAGUCUGUAACCUGAAGCGUCUGUAACCUGAAGCGUCUGUAACCCAAGGUACCACUGUACUGGGAAGCUACCACUAGAAAACCGGUCACACCUCCCUUAGAGGAGGCACAUGGAGAAGGGCUCCUGCUGAUGAGUGUCUAGUGUUGUGGGGGUUAGACUACACAUUUACACCAAUUCUGUGAUAAUUUUCAAAAUUCUAAAUAGCAGCUGGGGGAAUCAAGAUUGAGGCCAGGAUUUAACCCUUUUAUGCGUGCGCACACACACACACACACACACACCAUGGUCCCAAAGAAAAUCUCCACCUAGGAAAUUGUUCUAGGAAGGGAAAUCCUAUGAGUGCCAAUGGAAGUUCCCCACUACCCGCCCCUGAGUGAAUAGUAGCUUCAGAAUAGUUGGUAACCCAGCCCAUGCUCACUGCAAUCAUGCAAUUAAUGUCACAUCUAGUUUAGCUCUUUCACCAAGGCUCCCAACUCAAUUGAUCUGAAGCAUUUUGGACUUAAGCUGAUUUACUUCUCUUGGUUUUCUUCCCAUAUCUUGAACUCUGCUCUUUGGUCACUCCCCAGCCCAUUGUUGUCCCUGUCAGCUUUGAUUAGCCACUGACCUACACUUUGCUGGUGUUUGUGCAGACCGGAGCAUGCUGUUUGUUUUUUAGAAUCUAUCAUGAUUUUGCCUUCCUCCACGAUGAUAAACUCUGCAUUUCACUAAUAGAGCUAUAAAAAUUAACUAACCUAACUUUUAUUAGCUUGUUUGUUUCAACUACAAACGUGGUGGGACGAGGUGCACCCUUGACCUGACCCCUUUUUGUCACUCCAAUCAUGUGAUCAUGUAAACAGAUGUCAGUACCAAUGUCUAAAUACCAUUUAGGAAAAGGUAUGGGGCAAUGUUUUCUCUUUUGUGGGCCAAUCUUUCUUAGGAUUCAUGGUCCUUCAUGAAAUGCCAUUUGGCAAGAUUUUAUUUAUUAAUUAAUCCACUGUAGGGAAUAGGUCCAUCCUUUUGGUAGACUUCAACACCACCUAGGAUGAAGAUUGACAUAAACCAAGUUCAGAGUGAAUAUUUGACUCACAGUACAAGUCAAGUUUUCUCCUGGGUUCUCACAGGAAAGGACAAGUGUGGAUACCAGCACAUGGGACAUGGUUUAGCUUCAGGACUUCCCUGAGACAUCAUGCCACUUGAGGCAAGAUUUUGCUGCCCAUCCCAUGCCCAGAUGUCAAGUGUCAUUUGAAUCUUAUUUCAAUGGUGGCUAGGAGAUAGUGUCCUCUGUCUCCUAGAGGACCUCUAGGAGGUCCUCUAUUAUAUCUGUGGGCACCAGGCUAUUUUCAAGGGUGCAGGCAAACCCUGCUCAGAGUGAAGUGCCUGGGGAACUCAUGAGAAACAGCCAGGGAGUUGGCACCACUGUCCUGCCACAAUUCCCCAGAAUGUCCUACCCAAGGCAGCUGCCUCACUUUGCCUAAUGGAAGUGUGCAGAAGCUUUGGCCCUCCAGAUGUUACUGGACUCUAUCUCCCAUCAUCCCUGGCCAUUGGUCAUGCUUACUGGGGCGGAUGGUAGUUGUAGUUCCGCAAGAUCUGAAGGACCAAAGUUUCUCUACACCUAGCCUUAAUGGUAGAGCCAUCCCUGUUCAGUCUUGUUCGCCCCACCCCAUACUUUGGGGAAGCUGUUGGCCUUUUAAUUUUUCAAGGUGCCAUAUACACAUGUGUGCAUGUAUCCAUUCAUUCAUUUCCUUACUAAGUAAAAAAGGGAAAGAGAACUCUUCUUAAAGAGGGAUAAAAAUUCUAGGGCUAACCUGGAAUGGCUCAUCUCAUACCUGUCAGCUGCCCCAGAAGAAAAAAAAAACAGGACAUCUUGGUUUUCCCCUCAAGAGCACAGUGGCCAUUUUAGACAUCUUGCUCUAGCACAAUUUUGGGCCAAGAUUUCACCCUGAAAAAAGCGUGUUUUGUUCCAUGCCCCCAAAAAGCACUUUUUCAGAUCCACAAUGUCACUCAUGUCGCAUGACUCAUGCAGGAUUUUGAACAUGUCAACUGGUUGGGUCAGAGCCACAGAAAUAGCCACACUGGCAGCAGGAGAAAUUAGGGGAACUUGCUUUGGGGGAAAAAUUCAUAUUAGGCAAAAUUGUAUUCAGAAACGUGUGCAUUCAAAGAAAUUCACACUGAAAUGCUAAUUAAAUUUCAUUACAAAUAUAUAUAUAUAUAUAUAUAUAUAUAUAUAUAUAUAUAUAUCACAAACUGGUCUGGGAAUGUGCAGGACUGAUGACUGGAAAUGUGAGAAACAGAAACAAACCAAAUUUGACAGAUUUGUCCCUCCCUAUUCAAGACACUGCCUUGUCAUGAGAUAGAUGGAGCAUGGUUGUAUUAGGAUGGUUGAGGAGACACCCACUCACCUAGGUUGAAAGAACACCAUCUGAACAUUCAGACAGCAUGUGAAGGGCACUCUACACAUAUGAGGAACUGUUCCACUGGGGGGGGCUGCAAAGGGCUAGUGUUUCCGAUGAGUAGGAUCAUUGUUUGAGAUGCACACAGUUUUAACAGUUUUAAUUUUCUAUAUACAAUAGUUUUAAUUUUCAGUUUUAAUUUUCUAUAUACAAUAAAAUUCUACAGUUCACACUGUGCUCAGCAUAGAUUUACAAAAUAAUUUGUUAAAAUAUUUUUUAUUCACGGUGUUCUUGAAUUACAAAAGAGGGUGCAAUGUCUCUUUCCUCUUCUCCCCCCCCCCCCAUCAUAGGGGUCUUAAUUUGAAGUUGCAAAUCCAGACUCUGAUGUUCAAACAAAUUGAUCUAUAGAUAUGGGUGGUUUUGCAUCCUAGGUAUAUAUGUGACUUCAAAUGCCAAUGCAAACGGCCCCAUUACUUUUGUAUUAAUAACUGCCCCCCCCCCUUUCUCCCUCACUUGGCGCAGCUGAAUGUCUGUAGUUAGAUGGCUUCUUUCCAGAGAGCAAUGAGUGGGGUCAGAUCAGCAACUAACUUUUUAUUCACGAACAUACCGGCUGACUGAUGGAAAUUUCUAACAGUCUUAAGACUUUAAGCUCUUGGUACAAGGGUUUACAUCAGACCCUUCAUGGAAGGGGAAAGCUAGCUAAUCCUUGAACUGCUAAAGCUUCCCACAAGAAAAGACAAACCACCACAGGAUGGGUUUUGUGUAUUGGAUUUAUUAUACUCAAUUUAUUUAUGAAGGAUAAUAUCUUAGAUCUCAAGGACCAUCGUCGGGGGUGGGAACUCCAGAAUCAGUGAUCUUUGGUACUCAGUGGGUUGCCUCCAACUAAGUCUUACUCAGAGUAGACCCACUGACAUUAACAGGCCUGAGUUAGUUGUCUAUUGAUUUCAAUAGGUCUACUCUAAGUAGGAGGACCAUUGGAUACAGCCCAUUGUAUCUACUUUAAGUGCCAGUUGCUGGCUGGUGUCACUGCCCCAUAUGCAGUUGGCAUUUUUGUUUUCUUAUCCCCUUUUCCAAAAUAGUGUGUAUAUUUAAAAAGAAAAAAGAAAAAGAGCAAGAAAAGAAUGCUGAAUUCUUUGACAUUUUCUUUGAGGAAAACAGACUUUAAGCAAAACAGACUUCCUCUUUAGAGCAAAGAGGCUUCAGUUCAAGGUCUUUAGUCAUUAUUGUCAACUUCACCAUUUUAAAUUUUUUUUGCACAUGUUGGGUUGUUGUUUUGGUAGGCUGGUUGGCUAGUUGUUUCUUAGAGCAAUUCUAACUCUAGCCUGGGGUAGAUCUGAGCUCUGGAGCCACUGGCUCAUCCAAGGCCCAGUUGGCUCCUAAGGAGAACAGAAGCAAGGGUGAGACUGACUCUCUCUCUCUCUCUCUCUCUCUCUCUCUCUCUCUCUGCAGCACCAGCAAAUCAGGCACUCCUUUUGCAUCCAGAUUCAGUCAGCAGGCUCCAAAGCAUGCCAUUCCUUUGGAACAGAAGCUUUCAAGCUACUGAACAGGAUAUAUUGAUUUUAUCCAAUAAUGCAUGAGAUUUGAAAGCUUGCUGUGGGCAGGGAAGUUGCGGUUGCUUCUUUCAAGCAUUGCUCUUUAAAUGGAGAAGUCAAACGAGCAGUAAGCCCAACUCAGAGCACUUGAAAUGACUCCCAGCAUUUCUAUUCAUCCAUACAAUAAUCUCUUGAAGUCUAGGGGUUUCCAAGCAACCUUGACAACACCAGUGCAUGUCUGCAUGAAGCCUCUCUGCCAUUGUGCUUAACUUGGCUUUCUUUCCCCCUCUUUAAUUACGAAUGGGAGAAGCGUCCAGCAGGAGUGUUCAAACAUGUCCUUGUUAAAAUAGUCAAUAAAGGGCGCUGAGAUUUGCGGUGCACCAUAUAUACCAUUACUCAAGAAUAUACAUUAUAGGGUACAAUUUUUCGCUACAAGGCACAGCCUUCUCUUUACCACAAAAUGAUACCUUAAUGUAAAGGUUAAUUGGAAGGUCUGAAAUACAGAUCUAAUCGAUAAUUGGACAGGCUGCCCAGACAUUUGUCAUUGUUAACAAAUACACACAGAAUAAUUACACUUUAAAAUUCUGUGGUGCUCUAUUCUUUGUCAUUUCCCUGUGCAAAAAUAACCUCCAAAGUGUAAAAAAAAAACCACCACUUGGAAAAUCCCCUAUUUGUCAUCAUAUGGGGUUUAAGAUACAAUUGUAUAUAAUCUUUCGUAGGCUGAAAAAUUCAAAGUCUUUACAGGAAGGUUGACUUCAUAGAACCAUCUAAUUUGUGACACCUUAAUUCUCAUUGAAUAGAUUUCCCCCCCUGUAAGUCUUAGGGGGUGAAAAAUAUUGCCCCUCCUUCCUCAAAGCUUUUUGUUUGUUCGUUUUCACUCAGACUAGGCCUCAUUUACUGCCGGAUUUGCGCUGGAUCCUUCUGGAGUACCUCAGAGUUGUUAAGCGACAAUCUAAAAGCCGAUUUAGGAUUAGGAUAGCUUAACCAGGUGAACUGGGGGCUUCACUUUGAUUGGGUAGGAAAGCUAGCACUGUGCUUGGUAGUCCAUCUUGCGAUACCGAAAGGCUUUAUCAACAUCCUGAGAGGAGUGCAUUCAGAAUAGGUGGCAAUGAGAAUCUCACUAAUCAGCGAAGGAUUAUCUGGGGCUCAGAGCUAUACUGCUUCUAAUUCCUUCUUCAUGACGCUGUUCAUGCACUGCAAAAUGAUCUAGUGCAACACCACCAGUAUAAAUAUUAGAUGAGCCUCUUCAGUCUCUUAAUUAGCACUUUCCGAGGGAACUGGGUGUUGAGCAGUCAGAAGUAAUCAGUUGUGAAAUAAUACAGGUUGGGUGGGGGGGGGAGGACAGAAAGCCAAAAUUACAGCAGGAUUUAAAACAGGAUUUACGGUCCUCAACACAGGGUUGUGCACUGUACUUUUCUCAUCUGCUCUUUCCUAUUUCUGAAGUUAAGUUCACUCUAGGCUUGGUCUCAUAGCCUCACGUUAAACCGCACCGGUUUGUCAAAGGCACUGCUAUCAAAUCAACAUGUUAGUUUUGGGGCUUCUGUAAAUGUUUCCUGCUCAUCCUGGAGUGAACACUCCUGUGGGAAACAGGGAAACAUUAGGCGAGUAAAAUGUCAGAUUCUGGCUGCAUAAUCUUCCAGGAUUUUUAGUAUACAUUCCCUAACAGGAGGAACUUAAGCAUCAGGAAGAACUUUCUGACUGUAGGAGCCAUUUGACAGUGGAAUGGAUUCCCUCAGGAGGUUGUGGACUCUCCUUCCUUGGAGGUUUUUAAGCAGAGGAUGGGUAGCCAUCUGUUACGGAUGCUUUGGUUGAGAUUUCUGCAUUGCAGGGGGUGGGACUAAAUGACGCUUGUGGUCCCUUCCAACUCUACAGUUCCAUGAUUCUAUCGUGCAAAAUUGUGGAAUAAUGUAAAAUAUUCUCCAUAGUGUUUUAACAUUCAGUCCCUUUCCGCAGGGAACUCUAGGAAUUCAUAGAAUCAUAGAAUCUUGAGUUGGAAGGGACCAAAGGGUCAUCUAGUCCAACCCCCUGCAACGCUGAAUUGUAGCUCUGGGUGGGGCUCUCAGCACCCUGAACAAACUACAGCUCCCAGAAUUCUUGGUGAGAAGCCAUGACUGUUUAAAGUGACAUCAUAGUGUUUUAAAUCAAUGGUGUCAAUGUGGCCCCAGUUAAAAACCACCUGCUGUGUUUAGGAUCAGAGUCCAAACAUCAAAUUAAAUGUCCUUAGAAUAUUAUUAUUUUCAAUCCCAUUUUUCCCUACACGUAUUUAAAUACAAUGUAAAACCACUCUUCUAUAGAGCGCCAAGAGAAGUGUAUACAAAAUUAACAUUGUGGCUUUUCUCCUACACAGAGUUGUAUUUGAAUUGUCACCACUGUUGUUUCUUUCACUCAGGAAAACAAGCAUCUUCUUCACCAACGUGUUUCACUGCACACAUUGUCAAAAUGACAGAACAAGAUAGCUUUAAUUAGUUAACAUCCAAUUAGGUCCAGUAUCUGGAAGACCACCAACAGCGUGGAACCACUCUUGCUUUCUCAGUUGUUUUAGAUCUUACAGCCUCUCCUGCUCUCACCUUUCAUGCCUCUUUGAACAUGAUGCUGACAUACAAUCAUGCCUACAAACAACUGAAUUCUGAAACUACUUCUCCCACCAAAAAAGAGCAUGUCUGCAUUUGACGUCCCUCCCCUCAUUUUGCCACUCUAGAAUAAAACGAUCCCGACUGUAAAAGCUGGUUUCAGAAUAGAUCUCCACACAUUUUAUUUCCUGAAGCACACACUAGUAAGGUAAUUCGGGGACUAGAGUACAAGUGAUUCUGACUUAGUGAUUCUGAUAUUCAACUCAGAGUGACUUGAAGUCUGUUUUUCCAGCUGUUCUUCAAAAUGCCAGUGGUGGACCUUGGGCUUUCAAAUUUCAGUGGCACCCUGUUCAAUGCCAAAAUUCCUUCCUUCCCCACCUCUCACCUUCUGUUCUCCAUCACUGUUGUGGUGCCCCCUGUAGCGCCCUCCCAGCUCAGCUCCCAGUGCAGGUAAACCAGUCACGCUCCCCUAAAUCUGCGCCUGAAAAUGCUUUCUACCUGAGAUGUUAACAUCACCAAAGGUCCCAUAUUGCUGAUCUGGAUAUGAUUUGUUUCAAUAUGUGCUCACACUGAGGAAUGUUUAGGGGAGUUACUGUUUUUACCCCAUCCGUAGUUGACACGCGUUUGUACCAUCACUCUCAUCUCCACACACUCAAAGUUUUGACAGUAAGAGCAGAUGUGGCAUUGCUGAGAAAUACUAGUGGGUGUCAAGUGCAUAUCUGAGCAUGCGCAUUCUGACCACUCUGGAUGUCUGCACUCUGAGGAUGCUCUUUUGAAUUGGGUCCUGUUCACUCCCAUGAUGAUAUCACUACUGCAAGACCACCCACAGCAGCAGAGGUGGCUUUGCAAAGUUGUUCAGACUUGUAUUGGCUUGUAGAUUCCAAUUGCUGUGAAGCUGCUUUGAGAAGAAGAAUAUCCUUCAAAUGUUUUUGUUUUUCUUCAGGAUGACCAUGCAGAACAUCAUAGGAUGUGAACAUCAUGGGAUCACAGAUUUGAAAUACAGCACUGGAAAAUUUGAUAAGUGUACAUUAAAUGUAAGUGUAAACAUACUAUUUUAUUCCAGUUCCCAAAUUUACUUAGUAAACAGAAGUUUCCAUUUCUUUCCAUGGUAUUUACUUCUAAAUAGUUUCCACAAUGCAUAGGUCUACAUUCCCAUGAAGUCCCCAGCACACAGGCCUCUAGCUAUGGAAUAGAGAUUCCCCACUAUUUUAGCUUAAAGGGACGCGGGUGGCACUGUGGUCUAAACCACAGAGCCUAGGGCUUGCCAAUCAGAAGUUGGCAGUUCGAAUCCCCACGACGGGGUGAGCUCCUGUUGUUCGGUCCCAGCUCCUGCCCACCUUGCAGUUCAAAAGCAUGCCAAGUGCAAGUAGAUAAACAAGUACCACUCUGGCGGGAAGGUAAAUGGCAUUUCCGUGUGCUGCUCUGGUUCGCCAGAAGCAGCUUAGUCAUGCUGACCACAUGACCACAGCUGUCUGUGGAUAAAUGCUGGCUCCCUCGGCCUAGAGCGAGAUGAGCACGCAACCCCAGAGUCAUCCGCAACUGGACCUAACGGUCAGGGGUACCUUUAUCUUUGCCUUUUACUAUUUUAGCACUGGGUUCAGAUCCAGGUAAUAAAUGCAAGGCUGUAUACUUUUGUUUCUGUUUUUAAAUUUAAGCUAUUGUGUUGUUAUAUUUGUGACUUUGUUGUUUGAUGUUAAUAACAGUAAGUACUCUCGCUCUAGAAAGGCAGGGCAGUAAUUAUUAUGAUAGCAGAUAAUAAAUAAAGCUGUAAGCCUAACCAUGCCUACUCAGAAGUAAGUCUCAUUGAACUCUAUGACGUUUUAAGUGAAGGUAGGACUGUAGUCUUUCCAUCUCUAGCUAAUACUUCCAAAACAAUACACAUGUGUUGGUUUUAUCAAUUUAAGCAAAUUUAGGAGGAACAAAAUGAGGAAAAUGCAAUUAUAAGUUAUUGUAUAAAUGUGCACUAUUUGAUCUUAGAGUAUGACUGGGAAAUUGCUUUUAAAAUUGUAAUGUCAUUUGUUCUCUAGCUGCCUGUAUGAAAAGCCUUUGCUCAUUCAAGUGGGCUUGCCAUGCUUUCAUGGGAGGGGGAGAGACAGGGAAUAAAGCAAAUAGUUCAGAAGUCAUAUGUCUCAUAUCUACUGCUACUUUCAGAUCCAGAAAGGGGACGGCGUUUAAUCUCACCACCCUCAACAUAUUUCCAGGUAGGCUUCAGAUACCACGUCGGAUGGGCUUCCAUUUCUAUCACUCCCUUAAUGAUGAAUGAAAUUCUCCAUCUAAACAAAUAAGCACUUCAGAGACUUCCCCUUGACAGGGCUGUUAAUCCUAAGAGUCUGUCUUAUCGCUGUACGAUUCAAGGGUUGAAGAUGUACAGUAUCCCCGCACCGCCUGGCUCUUACACAGCUAUGCAUAAAUGCUGACACAUAUAACAAGCAAACUUCUGUUCGGGUGGGUGCUUCUGUUCCAGUGCUUGUAUAGGCACAAACACUUUUUAUCAGUCUCACAGAGCUGUGGCCCUCUUCAUAAUUUGGCCUUGUGAUUUAGACCAAUUAGACCUCCUCAAGUAUUUUGUUGACUGGUUUUCCUUCAGAUAAACUAUUUGAUUGGCUUUAGUGGAAUACAUUUUCCCCCCCUCUCCCCCCCCAACCUCUUUGAAGCAUUGGCGCUAUCCCCUAGAGGUCCUGUGCAGGGAUGGGGGGUGAAAUUCGUUCACAUUUUCAUGUGAGCUUGCUGGAUUCACACUUCCUGAACCAAAACACAGCGAGCCUUCAAUAUCUGAAGCAAAAAUUUACAUGUCUCCAAGUUUUGCAAUGCAGUUAUCCACCCAAAGAACAUCUAGGAAAUGUAAAUGUGAGUGGACAAUGCAUACAGAUGUCCAUACUUUAGUGAAAAUAAUGUACAAAAAAAGAAUUCUACUACAGGAAACUUGCUUGCAAAAAUCCAGUGAAGCUGAAUGUUGCAAAAUUGGAAUAUUCAGGACAAAUAAAAGAUUGCUUCAAACCCCAGAGGCUGUGGCACAACCCAACUUAGGGCCUUUCCCCCAGUCCAAAUUAGCAAAUAAGUACAACACUGGAAGCAGAAGCAAAGCCUUUUACCUCCAACAAUGUUCUUCUAUCCUCGUUGUCAUCUACAGCAAAACUAACCCCAUCAUUUGCCACUGUCUUUAUGUCGGAUUAGUGUAUCAUGCUGUAAGUACUCAAUGGAACUAGCAGGAAUGCAGCCCUCCAAAUUAUGUUGUCUGGCGUGGCCCAAACUAUACAUUGUUAAUAGACAAGGCAGUCUGUCAGAUGACUCCUGUGCCAAACUUCUGAUGAAAAUCACAGAGCACUACCAAAUAUUGGGAAACAAAAGGCCAUAUUUUCUGUUGUUGUUUUUCAUCCCACGUCUAUGGAGGGCAUAUGCAAUAUGAGCUACUGUUUGAAAAGCAGAACAUCGUGUGUUCCCAGUUUAUAAAUUAUAAAAUAUUCAAAAGCACAAGCUCACUCCUAGGAAUUGGUUACACUCCACGGUAUCAAGAGCUGUUUUGUACUCUUUUAUCUCUUCUGUGGGAUGCCUCCUCCUCCUUCUCCUAUCCAGGCUGCUCUUAACAGCAUUACUGCAAAGAAAAUAGAUAUUUGCAUGCCCCAAGAUCUGGAAAGAUUUGGAAGAAAAUAACAUUGCCCCCCCCAAAAAAAGAAUAAAUAAGGAAUGUGACUUGGAUUGAUUCAUUCAUUACUUCAAUCAUCAAGAUGCUUAUCACAGAUCACUAUCCUUAUUAAGGUGUCUUUGCAAUUAUACUAUAGUCACUUUUAUUCCAGGCUCUCAAAGCUUUUUUCAAAUGUUGAUUAAGCCUGGCAACUAUUGUCAAUAACAACAGCAACAACAGCAACCUUCUUUGGCACUGGUGGAGAUAUAGAAAUGAAUAUGGUGGCUUGGUUCAGGGACGGCUAAGAGGUGACUGCAUCCUUCUUUGGUUGCCAGUUUGUCUGCCCCAUAACCCUCACCCUCUCUUUCCUUACCCUUUGUUACACCAUGGAAGGAGCAGCUUCCUACCUGACAGGCAUCCUCCCCAGCAAGAAAUACAAGCUGAUCUAUCCUAUCCCACCAGAAGGAGUGUCUGCCAGGUGAAAAGCAAUGAAUGGCCACCAACUUGGAUGGCUUUGAAUGAGGAUUAGGCAGAUACAUAGACAACAAGACUAUCAAUGGCCACUAUAUCCUAACUCACUGGAUCCUAACCUGCUCAUCCCUGCAGAACUUGGGUUCAGAUUGCUCCCAAAGUGAGAAGCAGUGCCAUAUAUAUGUGUGCUGCUCUUAGACCAGCCUGCCUGCCCCCAAGCCUAGAGAAGAAGUUCUGGAUGAUCUGAAGUAGCAUGCAAAGUACUGCUGCUUCUUUGACAAGCAGUCAUUCUUCAUGCUGGGGAAUGGGAUACAGCAUUUUUCAAUACAAUACUCCCAUUUCCUAUCAGAAGAGAUAUUCUGCAGUCCGCUCUGUUCUUCAGCCUGGGGAGGGGCCCACUGUGUUCAGCCAAGCUGUUUCAUGGAGGAAUUAUGCCAGUGCCCAGAGUUCUAGUUUGCCUAAAUAGGCUGAAGAAGUAGGCUUCGUUCCAGACUUCUGUAUAGUGCUUUCUUCUGCCAUUGUCAACACCAGUGAAGGGCACUGCUUCCAACAUUGAGGCAGAUGUGUUUCGGUACAAAAACAGCACCUACAAUCUAAAGUAUUUUGUUUGCAAUGUCGUAUCUCAGCUGACUUUAUAGCCCCUUAUCACCUCGUUAAGCAAAGAGCUGAGUAUUUGCUAUAUCCACAAAGCAGAAUUUUCAAAUCCAUUGAUCAAAAUGAACCGCAAAUGUUUCUGAAAGGGCUUUAUGCCAAUACAAAUCUACUUUGCUUAGAGUCGUUACCUUGCACUUUCCCAGCACAUGCAUUUUUCUCAAUUGCUCUUCUUUAGUCUAUAUGCAUCUGUUGACUGGGAUAUUUAUCUAAAGGGCACACAAUACCAUCUUGGGCAGCACUAUCAUAUGUGAUGUAACCACUGCACACAGAGACUGAUCUUUAUGUUUCCCUACGCAGGUUAUCUUGGAAGCAGCAUCAUUUGUUGAAUUGCAGCCUGAACUUUGCAAUAAUUAACAAUCUUAUUAUUUCAGAGGUUAGAUUUUUCUGUAUUUGAAUGUGUUGACCUUUUGUAUGGAACUGGUCAGGGUAAAAUGUAACCCGUGUUAACAACUAUUGUAUAAUCAUACUGUGCUGUGCUGAAAAUCAUAGCUUUAAUUGAACUCUAUCCUAAAUCAAAUGGGAUGUGGGUGGCGCUGUGGGUUAAACCACAGAGCCUAGGACUUGCUGAUCAGAAGGUCGGCGGUUCGAAUCUCCACGAUGGGGUGAGCUCCCGUUGCUCGGUCCCUGCUCCUGCCAACCUAGCAAUUCAAAAGCACAUCAAAGUGCAAGUAGAUAAAUAGGUACCACUCUGGCGGGAAGGUAAACAGAGUUUCCAUGCACUGCUCUGGUUUGCCAGAAGCGGGUUAGUCAUGCUGGCCACAUGACCCAGAAGCUGUAUGCUGGCUCCCUUGACCAGUAAAGCGAGAUGAGCACCGCAAACUCAGAGUCAGCCACGACUGGACCUAAUGGUCAGGGGUCCCUUUACCUUUACCUAAAUCAAUCCUUUAAAAAAGUGAAUGGGAGACAGCAUAAGAAGAUAAGAAGAGCCUGUUGGAUCAGGCCCAUCAAGUCCAGCAUCCUGUCUCACAGUGGCCAACCAGAUGCCUGUGGAAAACCACCAAGCAGGGCCUGAGGACAAGCACACUCUCCCCUCCUGUGGCUUCCACAAACUCCAACUAUGAAGGCCGAGCAUGACCAUCACAGCUAGUACCCAUGGAUAGCCAUAUCAUCCAUGAAUUUGCCCAGUCCUCUUUUCAAUCCCUUCAAGUUGGUGGCCAUCACUGCCUCCUGUGGGACUAAGUUCCAAAGUUUGACUAUGUGCUGUGUGAAGAAGUACUUUCUUUUGUAAGUCCCGCAUCUUCCAACGUUCAUCUUCAAUGAAUGUUCAUGUGUUAGUGUCUGCCGGUCAAAAUGUCCCGAGGGCAGGGCUUUUUUCAGGUGGAACUUACUGAAACUCAGUUCUGGCACCUCUCAAGUGGAUGCCAUUGCCAUUCUAAAAGAACAAGGGAGCUGUGUUCUGGCACCUCUUUUUCUAGAAAAAUAGCACUGCCUGACAGGAAAUUGAAUACAUUCCCCUAUUACCAGCAGACACAAGUCCCUGGUGCAGAACCUUCCCAUCUCACUUGAGAGACAAAUGGACAAGUCCCUCCUUUCAACAUGAUGAAGAAUGCUUGCCAGUUGGUGAGGAUAAACUGCCUUGGACCACUGAGUCAUCUAGCUCAGUGAUGUUUGCAGCGCACUGACCAGCAGUUGUUUUCUAGGAUUUCAGACAAGGGCUAUUCCCAGCUCUAGCUGGAGAUGCUAGGGAUCAACCAUGAGGCCACCUGCGUGCAAAGCAUGGGAGAGAGGUCGCUGCACCCCAUUGGUUAUACAUCUCCAUCACAUCUGUAGCUGCUUUCGAGAAUCAAAAUGGUAGCUCUGGUUCUCAUUGUACAUUGUCAGUGCUGCAGCACCGGCAUAGACUGGAGCUGUAGGCCCAUUACAAAGAUCCCAAGCUGAAAUACCCAAGAAAACAAAACGACACCAUUUGAAAUAAAUUAACUUUUCCACCAUCUGUAUCCAUUUCUGCCAGAUCCACUGGGGACACAAGCCUGUAUCUGCAUUGAUUGGAUGAAUUUCAAAGACCUUUUACCUGCUCUCUGUUUGUGCUGCUUCUCAUAUCUUUAUGACAUGAAAUGAACUACUUGGCGCCACAUUGCUGUUAUCCAUUAACCGUUCCUGUUUUCCUAAUCAUCUCAGACUCCAUCUUUCUCUGUCCUAUCUGUUAUUGUCUUCUGAAGAGGGAUGCAAUGUUCCUUUAGCCGGGUCUGGUUUGCAUGACAUGAUUUGUGUAUCUGCCUACCAGAGUUUCUUCUGCGGAGCCCUGUAUAUUAUCUUCUUUCCCCAUUCUCUACCCCACCCCCGGCUUCUCCGUAACCAGGCGAAGAGGGUCAUACAUCUGUAAAAUGACAGCAGUUAUGAAAAAUGGGGGCUUGGUACACAUGGCUCUCAUCACACAGAGACUCAUCUUCCACACCACAGACAAUACUUGUUUCCUUGAGAGGCAGACUGCAGUUAAAAACAGACAAAACACCUAAUAAAUUGCUUGGCCCAUCAAUUUAGCAAUUUAGCAACUCAUCAAAAACAAUGCUGGAGAUCAACAGGCAAAUCAGAAUUGUAGGGAGGUUCCCCCUGCUCCCUAGAAGGUGAAACAUAGAAAAUAUGUAAUUUACCAUCUCUUUUUUCUGUGAUGCUCAGUAUUUAAAUGGGACAGUAAGUUUCCAUAUAAUCAAAGGGAAACCAUGCAAAGGCUCUUCCUAGGACUGAAAGAUCUAAAAAGAACUUCCUACCUUAACUGUGUACACACCAUAAAGCACAUGCGUUUCCCCAAAAUCAUGGGAACUGUAGCUUGUUAAGGACACUGGGAACUGCAGUUCCGCAAGGGAAAACUACAGUUCCCAGCGUUCUUUAAAUAUAUGGUAUGUACACAGCCAUAGUAUCACACAUAACCCAGCCCGGCCCAUCAACAGGCCUUGGAUUUGUUCAUUUCCCCCCACCCUUUCUCCAAGGUGCUUUCAGUUCUUACAACCUUCCCAUUUUAAUCUCACAACAACCCUGAGAGGUAGAUUAGACUGAAAGAGAAAAACUGCCCCAAGUUCAGUGUGCAAUUUGAAGUGAACUGAGGGAAAAAUUGAACCAAGAAUACAGCGGUACCUCGGGUUACAUACGCUUCAGGUUAAAGACGCUUCAGGUCGCAGACUCCGCUAACCCAGAAAUAGUGCUUCAGGUUAAGAACUUUGCUUCAGGAUGAGAACAGAAAUCGUGCUCCAGCAGCACGGCGGCAGCGGGAGGCCCCAUUAGCUAAAGUGAUGCUUCAGGUUAAGAACAGUUUCAGGUUAAGAACGGAACUCAAGAACAAAUUAAGUUCUUAACCCGAGGUACCACUGUACUACACUCUUACCCAGGGGUGUAGCCAGUGCUCAAGACUGAUGGGAGUUGUAGUCAAUGUUAUCUGAAUGGUACUAUGUUGGCCACCCCGUGGUAACUACUUCAACACUCUGGCAUUAUAGUCUCACACUGGAAGCUAAAGUGGGGAGCUGACAUUUUUCAUUGUUUAGAAGCUUGUGUUAACUUCCCUCCCCAUCCCAUUCCUCAGAGUCCAGUUCUGAUGGAUGGAUCCUCCUCAGCCUAAAGGAAAUUACAAAAUCAGGUACAGCAUUCUAUUUAAUUGAUAUUUUAAUCAUUUUAAGGAAAAUUACAAAUGAAUUCUCAAUAAACUGCAAUCUAAUCUCACACUAAGGAAUGGGGUGGGUGGGGAAUUAGGGAUGCUGGAGGAUUCCAUUUGAAAUGGAAAUGAGAGCAGAAAUCCUGCAUUUCAAAUGUUCAUCAGAGGUCAUGAAUGGAAAUCAUACAAGCAAAUACCAUCAGUAUUGGCAGUAUUGCAUAACUGCCAAAUAUAUGCAAGAAAGGAUUUAAUUUACUAUAUUAUUUUUGAUGUUUGACUUACACUGAAAUGCAUUGAAAUUAAUCGUGCAAUUAAUUUCAUAAGUUUUGCACAAAGUAGAUAAUAAGAGCAACAACAUAGGUUUUAGCAGAAGCGGAACUGCAGCAGAAUGGAAACAGCAGAGAGUGAGAUAAACCCAGGACUGGAUGUGCCUUGCUAAACAGAUCUAGUAAUAUAGGGUCAAUAAUAAAUGUGAAUAUACAGAAGUGGAGACAAAAAAAAUCCAGCCCAGAAACUCUUACAUGCUUAAAUGUAUAACAGUGAAGGACUUGGAGAAUCAGGCACAAGUGCACCACAGUGUGUUUUGACAUGGAAGUGAAGGCAAGGGAUGGGAUGCAAGCAGCUGAGAGAUGCAGUCUUUGCAAAUGAGAUCUCCUCUCUUCCAUCUUAGCUUUGCUAGUCUUAACCACAAACCAGGUUUCAUAAAACCAGAAACGCUUGGAGCAAAACAAAUUAGAUAUGAUACAGGGAGCCAUAUAGCCAUAUUUGUUCACACACCUGCCCUGAUCACAUGUUUAGAAAUGACCUGAUAGGUUCUAUUUUUUAUGACCAAAAUAUGCCAGUUGGUGAGGGAAGUGUAAUUCUUCCCCAACUUUCUUCCCCAUCUUUCAUCAAUUAUUUUCUCACCAGCUCAGCUGACUUCUAAAAUCAGGCUAGGAGAACAGUGAAUGUAUAACUGUAAUUAGCUCUAAUAUGUUUUUUCUAGAAAUAGAAGAAUAUAAAUAUUUUUAUAAAUAAAUACAUAUGGUUUCAAAAGGAUCAGCUGAAAAUCCUGCCCUUCGGUAUAUUCAGAAUGGACAUGUACACAUACCCCGGUUUGGUUUUCAAAUGCUUUGAACAGGUCCUGUCACCUUUCACAUUGCACUUCUUCAGAGAUUUAUGCAUUGCUAUUGAGUGACCUCCUGUGGCAGAAGCUUGGAUAUACUUCAGAGGCAACAGCAUUAUUCAUUUUUCUCCAAAUAUGCAGAGGUAUUUUCUGGGAAAUAGGGCUCAGCAUGGAAAACUGGGAUUCUGCAAACGAAUCAGAGUGCAGAUGAAACAAAUUCAUGCCCUUGCUGCCAUAUUCACUUCAUAUCUUCUCAGCACACUGAACUGUGCUAUCUCACCCUAUUAUAGCAAGAAUCAACAGUUUACAAUUUUUGUCCUCGUGAAAAUUUGCCAGCAUUUUACUGUAGUGUGAAAUUUGCAAUUUUGCCUAAUAAGCACAAAGCAAAGCAAUUUCUCCUAAUAAUAUGGAUUUUUAAUGCACACAUUUUUAUACACAUUGCUCUGCUAGAGAAAUGCAUAUCAAAAUCUGUAGAAGCGUGAAUUCUGAUGGAUGGCUGUGUUUCAGUUCUCAUAGUGUUCCAGAAAGGUUGAAUUAGGUAAAUUCAGCUUUCAGUGUGAACUGAAUUCAAUUUCUCCCCCAACCCUGCUCCUGAGAAAACAUCUAUGGGGCCUGGUCUGUUCAUUCCAUUACCUUCAGUAGUUUUCAAACAAUCUAAUAAUGCCCAGGAUACAGACCUUUAUACUGGGAAAUUCAUUUUAAAACACCUAAGAUGUGAAAUGACACAUUUUGGCUUCUGAAUUCAUCAUAUAUUUGAGCUGAACCCCCACCCCCAUCCCAUCAACCACACUUUUAGAAGCAGAGAAUUGUACUCACUGUUCACACUUAACAGUGUGCAUAUGGUACCAACUAUAUUCUUCCCACUAUCUUUAAUAAUUCUAAUUGUGUGUUAAUGAAACUGAUUUUAAACUUCCCAUGUUAUACACACCAAUAAACAGAUACUAUUUUAGGCUCCAAUCCUUACCCUACUUACCUGGGAGUAAGACCCAUUGAAUUCAGUAGGACACAGUAUUGCAGCCUAAUUUCACAUUCAUAAUGGUUGGUUCUCUUCCCUAAUGACAUUCUAGAUUUCUUUUUUCAGAAGAAGAUUUUAUUUUGACUCUGAGGCUGUGCCCACAUUAGCAGCAUAAAACAUAUCUAGUUCUUUUUCUCAUUGUGGAUAGAAGUUUGGGAAACGAUAGGAUAGAUAUAGCUUGUGACUAACACCAUGUGCACACCACUUCCCAAACCAGCAGCGGCAGCAUGCUUCAGGCAGAGUAAACAGGCCUGUUGCUCUUUCAAGAAACAAUCUAAGAUGGUUGGCCAUUUAUUUAAAACUGAGUGAUGAACAGGAAAACUCGGGGAUAGCUGAUCCUGCAAUAUCUUCCAAAAGGAGGCAACUUAGGGGGGCGAAGGCCGUGCUUUCCUUGCACGCGUGCUGAAAGAAAACUUCAUAUGAGAUGUUAGCAUAUAAAAACUUGAAAAAGAGGAUCAUAAAAUAUUCAUUCAAGUCUCCAGCUUUAAUGACAACUUGGUUCCUGCAUUUCUCAAACUGACUCUUUCACAGAUGUUCAUUGAAAAGAAUUCCAUAGCCAUAUAAAUUAUGGUGGAUUAAAUUGCUCGUUUUAGGGCUUGACAAAGUGAUUCCAGGAGCAUGCCCUGGUAUGCACAACUACAAAAAAAAAAGUGGGGCAUGACGCUUCUAGGGAGGAGAGAACAACUUCCUGUCUUUCAGAAAGAGACUUUGUCAUAUAAAAGUUAUGCCUACCGCCUAAGCACCCAAACCAGCUGCAUCCCAUGUGCUGUUAAGGCUCAAGGCUCUUAUUUCUCCUGUUCAAUUAUUGUGACUAUAAAUUGCAAUGGGCCACCUGUGCAAUGCACUCAUGCAGAAUAGUCCCAGAGGAAGCAUUAAGACAUCAAGCCUCAUAAAGCACCAAUCCUUAAAUGUAAAAACUGACACUUUCUUCUUACUUCAGGCUGCCUGUCUCUCUCUGUAGAUGGAGCAGGGCAUCGUUCUAGACGCUUUUGGUCUACUUUCAAUAGCAAAACACCCUUUUGACUUUGAGUGGCUCUCCAGUCCAGCUACCCAACAUUGUUUGACAGCUUGUUUAUUUAAGUCAUGGAUGGACAACUUGUAGCCCUGCAGAUGUUGUUGAACUACAAUGCUCAUCAGUCUCAGCCAGCAUGGCCAGUGGUCAGGAAUGAAGGGUCCAACAACAUCCGGACAACAGCAGCUUAGCCACCCCAAUUUAACAAUACAGGCUGCUCAGUGCUAUUUUUUCUAGAAAAAGAGGUGCCUGAGCUCACCAUGAACUUCUUCCUUGCUCUCUUCGAAUGGCAAUGGUGCCCACCUGAGAGGUGCCGGAACUCAGCUACAGUGAGCUCCGGCUGAAAAAAGCCCUGAGGUGAAAGGAUGUCUACCAGGUACGAAGUGGCUCCUUCCAUAGUGUAAGAAAGGGUAAGGAAAUAAAAUAGUGAGGAAGUUGGGGAGGCCAGACAACUUGGCGACAAAAGAAGGCUGUUGACCAUAAAACAGAUAGGAUUAAUACAGCAAGCUGACUAGGCAACUUUUUCACAUUUCCCAGGGUCACCAGAAAAAUAUAAAAGUUACCCAGUCAGAUUGUUCCUUACAAGUCUCAUAUGGUUGAAAUUUGUUACAAAGAAGAAACCAUCAAAGAAGACUAGCACAUUUGUUGUAUACAGACACUGGCAGGGGAAGAGGAGUGCGGGGGAGCACAUAGCCCCCGGCAGUGCAAUCCCAGUUGGGUGCCACCAUGGCUGCCCCCCCCCGCCCGCGCUCGGCGCCAUGUCCCUGCAGGCGGUGUGCCCUGCCCCCAGGACAUGCACCACACCCCUGUGGGCAGCACGCCCACCCCCGGGACGCACACCAGCCCCACCCCCACCUGCUCUCCACCCCCACCCCCCGGUGCCGGAGCAUGUAGCUCCACCACUGUGUACGGAUACCACCUUUUGUUUCCAAAGUUCACAGUGGCUUACAUAGGAUUCACAGGCAGUGCCCCAUCUUGGCACUGUCUAGGAUCAAUUCUGCUUAGUUUUUGGAAUCAUUUGUCCAUUCCUUUGUUGCUGUAAGAUAGGCAAGAAAUAGUUAGAAGGAAAGAUCCAAAUGUGUGCGUGUUUCUGGUUUUGUUUUUGUUUUUUUUUAAACCAACUUGUGUUUCUGCUACUGCUUAUCCUCUUAGGAGGAUCACAGCAAGACAUUCCCAAGUCUUGUUCUUGUUCUUUGGAGAAACAAUCAUCUCAGGGCUAUGAAACGUGCAGUAGUUGAAGUCUGCCCCAGAAAUCUGUCAUUGCAUGAUGAUUAGGACUUGCUCACGAAGAGUUGGAUUCUGCUACUGUACCCUUGAGAAGCUGCCCUGCUUCUUUGCAAUUCCCACUUCUGCAAUUCCUUCCUGGAGGGAGGGCACGUGUUACUGGGAACUGAGAAAUACACUGAUCCUUCUUGGUACCCUCAAGUGUUGUUCUUGAAGAAGAGGAAGACUCCCAUACCAAUGAUGGUCUUCUUGAAUAGAAACAAAUGGGACGCCCAAUGACAUCUGCAGAUAUCAUCACUAUUGGCUUGUAAAACUAAAGCCGUAAACCCAUAUGCUGGAUUUCUAACCUAAACACAUUUCACAACCCUGGACUCAUUCUCCUCUCACUCUUCUGCUCCUCCACCCACUGCCCAAAUUCAUCCUGACAUCUUUCACUAACACAGUAUUCACCACUGAGGAAAUAUAUAAAGGCCCUCUUGAUCGUUUGCCUCCCAGCCUUUCCCAGCUGAUACUAUUCUUGUUGCCAAAGCAUUUUAUUUAUUUAUUUAUUUAUUUAUUGCACUCCCUUAGAUUGAAAUCUAAGACGGCUCUGAAUUCAGCUACAUGCUACAUUUCUUCCUUUCCUCUCUUUGCGGUAUAAUUAGACCCAAUGACCUUCUAUUCCCAGAUGCUACAAAGUUGCCAAAUUGCCGCCAGCACUUCAUUAUGAUUAUAGAUUGAUCUUGUGGGACUCUGAUAUCUUUCUUACUAUCCCUUUCCUUCCUUUCCACCUUCCUUAGGUUCUUAUUUAGAAGAAACACACAACUUUCUGUAAUAUACUAGAAAAUCGCAUUGUUCUCUGCAGGAAGAUCUAUUUUCAUCUAAAAACUGUUUGUUUCAAGCUAAUAGUUUUAUCACCCUGGAGGGAAAACUGUACAGUGCAAAUUCCUUUGUGAGAUUUGUGUGUUUCUAUUUUCCUUUUCAUGAAGUGCUACACUGGGAAAUAAGAAUGAGCACCAGGAAUUUAGCAACAUAGGCACAACACUGUUUGCUUGUUCUCUUCAUGGUGAGGGACGAGGGAUUAGAAGCAAUUAGCCCCUCCUUUGGUGGGGGACUUCAUUAGAGUUUGUAGCAGGGCACAUUUGUAUAUGUUUUCCCUAUUACCUGCACACAUUUGUUCCUGUAAGAUUAUUUGGUAGCCAUUCAUAAUGAGCUUUGAGCAUCAUUGCAUCUAAUUAGGUGGGGGAAAGGAGUUGAUUGGCAUUUCAGCCCCGCCUUGAGCUCAUUAUUAACUUUCAUUCUAGGAAUUAGUAGAUGCACAAGCAGGGGCAGAAGAACGGGGUGCGGUGGGUGCAGUCCACCCUGGGUGUCACCACUGAGGAGGGUGACAAAAUGCCAGGCGGCACUCACCACGGGGCCUGCAGCGCGCCCAAGCCAUGCAUCUCUCCCAGGUGGCUUGGGUGAGCGCAGGCUCUGCACUGCCCAAACGGUCUGCCUGCUGCCCCUCCAGCUGUAGGGCGGCUGAGUGGGAGGAGGCAGGCAGACUCCAGAGGCCCUGCGGUGUGCCCCGUCCCUAUGGGCAGCUCACCCCGCCCCUAGGCGCAUCGCCCCAGGCGCCUGAGCAGCUUCCUCCACCGCUGUGCACAAGGCUAAAGUCGACCCACCCUUGGUAUUUACUACUCUCUUAUUGUAAGGGGUCUACUGUCUUCCUCUUCUCAAGCUGAGGGACGGUUGUUUAAGUGGGGCUUCUGAUAGGGUAGUACUCUUGGGAUAUAAGAAUCCUAGCAAGCAGAAGGUCUUCACUUGUGUGUUAAUGGCAUUUAAAUCCUGGUGUUUGUUUGGCUGUGGUUUGAUUCCCAGCGUUUGCUAGUCAUGUCAUCGUUAGCUGCGGCGAUGUUGAGAGAUACAUGUUUCUUUGGUCUUAACGCAAGGCGUUGGGACAAGGGCACAGGGAGAGCAAUCAUUCUUCAGUGCAAUUACUCAUGGAACGAAGUCGCUUUGCACAUUUAAGCCAGUUAAUGCCUCUGUAUCUGGUUGUAGCACACCAUCACGAAGUUGCGCUAUAUGAUCUAGGAAGUGGGCUAUGGAUACUGCUUGUCAACAGCAAAUGCCUUCUGAUGCUUUGCUGCCAAAAGCGCUACUGUGUUUUAUAAAAGAAAGGAAAUGGCUUAGAGAAAGUGAAAGAUGAUAACAUUUAUACAUACAGAGAGCGAGCAAGCGAGUGAGAGAGAGAGAAAAAAAUAUUCAUAAGAUGACCAAAUGUAAGACCAUAGGAAUGUAGGAAGGUGCCUGUUAUGGAGGGCUUGUCCACACGUACCUUUCCUCCAAACUUUCCAUGCAUGGUUCAUACUUUAAAGCUCUGUGUCUGAGAGCUCUCUGGUUCACUCAGACCAUUGGUUCAUCUCACUCAGUGUUGUCUACACUACACUACACUACACUGACUAGCAGCAACACUCUAGGAUUUCGGACAUAGGUCUCUGGGGAAUUGGACCCAUGGGCCUUCACAAGGCAGAUGCUUACCACUGAGCUAUGGCUUUUCACUGAGGCUUUCAGCAAAGCCUAGAGUACAAGCAUGGGAUUGAAUGGAAUCAGAAGGCAAUCAAGGCUGCUUCCACAUUAGACAUUAAUGUGGAAUCACCAUGUCUCGUUCAUCCGCAUGUUAUGGGGGCCCACAUUAUGUCAUUGUCCAUUUGCAUUCCCCCCAAUGUUUCUUCCAUCUUUUUCUUACAAAAGGAAUGCAAAUGCAUUCAACACUACCCUUUAUAGGCCAGCACACAUUACUUAUAUCACUUGUGAUGGGGCACCCUGUAGAUUUUUUUAAUCAGUCUUCUAUUUAGUGCUAAAUGGCUUUCUGGCUCUAUUUUUAAUAUAUAUCUUAAACUAUUAAUGAAAAACAGCUUAAGCAAAAAAGUGUUUAGCACUGUUACAUUACACUGUUCUUUUAAAAUGUUGAUAGUCACCACCAUCUUAGCUGUGUACCUUUCUUCCCAAUUAAACACUUCAAAUACAUUGAAAUACAAACAACCAGAUUCACACCAAUCAGGUUGUGGCUGGAAAUAGUAAUGUAUAAAAGAGUUGGAAACAGUUUAAAAUUGGGUUCUCUUCCCAUGGAGUAUAAACACCUUUGUUUUGUCCAGUUGUAAGCUUUGGUCAAACAUACAUUAAUGGGAAGGCACCGUAACUCAGUGACAGACCACAUGUGGUAAAUGCAGAAGGUUCCCUCAGCCUCCCCAUCAGCAGGGGUAGGAAAGAUCUCUGCCAAUCAGAAUAGACAAUAUUGGGAUUGACCAAUCAUCUAACCUAGUAUAAGACCAGCUUAUCAUGUGCUAAGACAAAAUCAGCCAAACUUGUUUGCCAGAAAUAAAUGUGGGAUAAAUAUACAUACUGUGAGCAGCAGCCACUCUUUAAAGCCACAUUUGACUCUUGGAAAGAGCUACUGUCUGCCUUCAGCUGCUGAUAGUGAAAAAAACACAUAGACACAUUCUGGUAAUAAAUGUCACCUCACAUGAAUUUAGCUGAGGAACACAGAAUUUGUCUAGGGGUGGCACCAAUACCCAGUUCUGAUCCCUAUGACCUUAUCUUCUGCUCCAGCAGAUCAGGCUUCGCUAUGUAGUACUUGUGAUUGGGCAGGGAUUUCUUGUGCCAGAUUAUCAAAUCCAUCUCUAAGGCACUCAAAGUCCCACUAGUCUUUAUCAAUGGUGGGGAGGAGGGCAAUUUAGCAACAUAUUUUAGUAGUUCGCUGUGUUCUGGAAAAAAGAUACCGCAGAAUGCUAGGCUUAGGUCAGAAGAACAUGAUUCCAUGAAACUUGUUGGAUGAUGUUAGAAUGACGAUCUAAUCUAUCCAGAAUAUGGUCAGAAGUUACAUAAGGCCACCACCUUGCUGAUGCUAAAGAGGUCUGGCUCUGGUCAGUCCCUGUAUGGAUAACCAUCUGGGAACCACAGGUACAUUGUCUUGGGUUCCAUAAAUGAAGAAAGAUGGGAUAUAAUGUGAGAAAAUAAACAUUUUCUAAGGCAAGGUCAAAGAAGAGGCAGCCCUCCUGGAAGCCACCCUGAGCUCUUUAGAGGAAGGGCAAGAUACACAUGUGAAGAAUACCAUUAGUGCUAACAACAGCAAUAACAAGCAAACAACAAACCCAUCACACACUGAACCAAUCUGCUUCCCCAUCUACUUUACACUGUGGUAUAAUUAGUUCAAUGGAAAAUGCUUCUUGUCAUGAGGAUGAUUAAAGAAAAUAAAUAUACGUUUCUUCAUAAGCCAAUAUCAACAGAGAUGUGUCCUCUCCUGACCUCUAGACACUCUCAGUUACACAUGUGCCAUGAAGUAGAUGCUUGAGACAGAAAUCCUCUUUGCAGCCGACUCCACCUGCCAUUUCCAUCACACAGAGGCAGUCAGUAAAGCUGUCAGUAGGUCCUAGCAUAGAAUGAAAUCAGGAGUUUCAAAUCCAAAAGACCUCUUUCCUUCCCUGCAGGAUGAAUCCCUAUGCUAGAGUCAUUGAGGUCCUCCAGGUGACUCGAUUAUUGAGCAUGCAUUCUGAUGUCGUUCUGUUUGUUUGCUGAGAGUUUAUACAUCUUUCUGUUGAUCAUUUGUUCAUCCCACACUUUUCAAGGCACUGCCACUUUCCUAACCACAAAAAGUCCAUUUCUCUUUUGGCGUAGAUUUGUUACACUAGGUCAAUAGAACACUCUAAUCCACACUCAUUGCACAAGCCUAAACAUACUGUAUGUGCUUGAAUCCCUCCCACAAAGUACUGGAAGUCUAGAUGUAGCCAUAAAGAGAUUCCAAUUGCCUCCUUUUAGCCUUGUUCCUCUCACCAUUAAUAUGGUGUUACCCCCUAGUGAUUACUGGUCCAUGAGGACAAGCAAGGACUGCCCCAUCAAACUCAGAGAGCACCCACCUGCCUACCUCCUUUUUUACAACCAGUCUAGUGGGUGGCACUGGCUGUGAGCCUCCUCCUUGGUCUCAAUGCCUUUGUGGAACUCAAAAGGAGGAAAAGGCUGCAGACAAAACCAGAUUCAGUUGACCUGUCAUGAGAUCUGGCUCUGUCUACUGUUGGCCUCCUUGUUUUCCAUCCUACCAGACCCAAUGAGCACCAGCCUCCAAUGGCUACCUUAGUUCUGGAAUUCCACCCCCAUGAGAUACAGCAUACCAUCCAACAUUUCUCUAGUGAAAAUAGGGAUGUCUAUUAUUAUUAUUAUUAUUAUUAUUAUUAUUAUUAUUAUCAUUAUUCAUACCCCCACUGAUAGGAUUAGGUUGCCCCAACUACUCUGGGUGGCUUCCAACAUAAUAAAAAAAAAACCACAAUAAAACAUUAAACAUUAAAAAACCUUCUGAUACAUGGCUGCCUUCAGAUGUCUUCUAAAGAUUGUAUAGUUACUUAUGUCCUUGGCUCGGCGGUCACAGAAGGCCUCCAACAUUUAUCCAAUGAAAAUAGAGACAUCCCAAGGAAAAGUGGGACAUUCCGGGAUCAAACCAGAAAUUGGGAUGGCUUCUGUAAAUCCAGGACUGUCCCUGGAAAACAGGGACACUUGGAGGGUCUGCUUCAUUGCUUCCCUCUUGGCACACCUCUCAGAACAAGGUCUUGCAGGGAGUACCUGAUGUGUCAGCUGUAAUCCAUGCUGUUGCACUAUGGAUUGUUACUUUAUAUAUUUUAUCUGAGUUGUCAAUUGCUUUAACUGGCUUUUUUCUGGACAUUUUGAUGGUAUUUUAUGUUGCAGCCUCUGGUGGGACCAUGUAUUGAUGAAGCACAGGACAGAAAUUGAAAUAAUAAAUAAAAUGAGAGAGAUUGGGGUGGAGUAAAAUUCCCAUGGUGUGAAGGGGAUUGUUUUGCAAGAUCCAUAAUAUUCCUUAGCCCAACCAUAGUUCCCUCUUUUCUUUUCUUUUCUUUUCUUUUCUUUUCUUUUCUUUUCUUUUCUUUUCUUUUCUUUUUCUUUUCUUUUCUUUUCUUUUUUGCAUUGUUUUGCUUUGUGUUCACUGCCUUUUUCAGCAACUGCUUCCUGGCUAUGUGAUCCAGGCAUGAAGGCUUCAGGUUACCAGUGUGACGGUGACAUGUUGCCAUAUAGCUAAUCAAAUUCUUACACAUACACACACACACACACACACACACACGGAUCGUGAAUUGAUGAAGGGUGGGAUGGAAAUUGAAACAAUAAUUUUUUAAAAAAAAACUAAAGAUUUGGGGUUGAGCUAAAGCUCUGUGUUGUUUCAUGUUCCCUACCACCUCAGUCAAAAUAAGUAUGGCCAAUACUUAUAAUUCCAGUUUCAAUUAAGCCACAUCACAGUGAGGGCAAUGCUUCUUGCCCUCAACUCUGAAAGAAAUUAUAUUUUUGCCCCAUUUUGUAGACUUACUCAAUUAUCUCCAAACUAGGAAGUGCAUUUUGCUGGGGCAUGAGAAUAUGCACACACACAUCAUCAUCAUCAUCAUCACUGUCAUGAAAUGCAUCUACUGUGUUUUGAUGUGGAGAUAUCUCAUUUUUGCUUCUUACUAUCUUACUCAAAAUAAAUGUGGACAGUACUAAUUAUUCAGCUUUACAAAGGACUGUUUACCUGUACACAGCCAAAUAUCUCAUCCAAUUCCCUCCACACACACACACUUUUAAUCUUUUCAAUCAUUGUCAGAAAACUCUCAGAGUCAUCAAGGAACAUAUUACACAAUCCUUAAACAUCGUGCACUAGGAUUAUAUUUCUCAGCAACUAAAAAUAUAUGGGCUGAAAGCCAGUUUCAUGUCAAGGGUUCUUCAGACUAUCCCCCCCCCCCCCGAAGGAUGUUCUCUUCACAAGGCUAAAAAUCGAAUAUCCUGAGACUCCUUGACAACCACAGGAUUUGAACUCAGUGCAAAUUUUACACAAACAGAUUGGGGAAAAGGGAUAAUUAAUUAUGGUGCCCAAAUUGUGACGCCUGAAUCUCAGGGGUUUAAAGGCUGAAUAUAAAUACUUCCCAUAAAUGUGACUGGCCCAAUUUUGCUGCUUGGGGAGCAUGCUGUAUUAAUAACUUGACAGGUUAUUGUAGUUUACAGUGACAUUUUCACACUAAUUCCUGCUCUUUGUGUUCUUUGUGCUGUGUUAACAGGUCAGCACCAAGGCAAUGCUCAUCUCUGUGGAAAUUAUCCCAAUAUAUAGAAAAAGAUGCAGGUAUAACGUCCGAGAAAAGAAGUGGUCUCAGGCAGCGCAAGUAUAAAGCAUAACCCCUCAGUGCUCUGCCCAUCGCCACAUAAUUGUUGGUGAUAUGCCAAGACUGAUAUUUAACCUGGAGUGUAUCAGUAUUCUUGGGUUGCAUUUGGGAGUCUUACUCAGUGUAGGUCCACUGAAAUCAAUGGACUUAAGUUAGCCAUGACUUCCUAGGAUGCAACUCCUCAUGUUCACUGGCCCUGGUUGAGAGACAGUUUCCAUCAUUGAUUUGGCAUAGCUCUAAGUCAGGCGGUCCCUGUUUAAAUCUCAUCCCUCCAAUGUGAACCCUUUAGGCAGCCUUAGGCAAGCAACUUUCCCCUGACUUACCAUAUAGCAUAUUGUAGGAAUUCGAACUAGACAAUGCCUUCAAUGCACUUGGAAUCCCUAUAUUGCAUUCUGAUAUCUUUUCCUGUUUUAUGUUUUAUUAGUCACCUUGAGAAGAUUUUUAUGGUCAAAGGUAACAUAAAAAGAUUUUAAAUAAGAAGGUAGGAAGUGUGUGAUUGGUCAGGCCAAUGGUACAUGUGACCCAGCAUCCUGUUCUCACAGUGGACAACUAGAUGUCAACAAGAAGCCUACAAGAAAGAGCUUUGUGCAACUGCACUCUAUUUAUGAUUUCCAACCAUUGACAUUCAAAGACAUCCUGCCUCUGACCAUGGAGGUGGCCUUGUCCUCUAUGAAUUUGCCUAAUCCAUGUUGGUGGCCAUCACUCCUACUUGUGGGAACAAAUUCCCAUAGAAAGUACGUCCUGUGUGAAAGAGUACUAUCUUUUGUCUCUUGUGAAUCUUCCAACAUUUGGCUUCAUUGGGUGAGACACCAUGCAUAAUUUUAUACACCUCUAUCCUGUUACUUGCUUUUUCUCUAAACUGAAAAGCUCCAGGUGUUGUGACUUUUCCUCAUAGGGGAGUUGCUCUGUUCCAUUUUCUUACCUGCUGCUGACUUCAUUGAGCAAUCCACAAUGAUCCCAAUAUCUUGUUCCUGGUCAGUCACCACCAAUUCAGACCCAGCAUGUAUCACUUUGCACUUGUUUACACUGAAUCGCAUUUGUCAUCUUACUGCCCAUUCACUCGGUUUGGCUAGAUCCUUUUGGAGCUCUUUACAGUACUUUUUUAUUUCAAGUGCAGUCAUUAUGAAUUUCCCAUGUUCUUGCUGCUUUAUAAGUCAUCAUACAGAUGAAAUAAUUUGCAGAGUUGAGGUUCCAAGUUCCAACAUCAUCACAAUAGUUAUUGAUUGUUAUUCUGCAGGGAGGGUAUUUGCUGCCAGGAUUGUAGCCAAAGUGGGUUCAUGGAGAGAUCACUGUGUUCAAUGGAAACCUGACAUUUCCAGAAGUAUAUUUAAAAAGGAAAAUAAAAAGGGGGAAAGGAUGGGGGAAUCCUGCUUAAUCUACUUAUAGUAUGCCGGAGAAUGAUACUGUGGGAGGUGAAGACAUACUGCAACAUUUGGUUGCAGGUCACCCUCAUAGCAUAUCAUUUUCAUGUCAGAGACCUUUUGUAACACUGGUGAAAGAAGAGUGGAGAGGACAGUCCUCUGUGUUACAUCCAAAGUGCUAUGGGAAUGGGUCUGAAAUAAUUGGCAAAAUAAUUUAUGGUACGUUAAGCUAUUAAUCUUCCAUAUAAGUCUCUUUCCUAUCUAAUACAAAGUAGCUUAUUAUAUUCAGAAAAAUGUAUCCCAACAAAAAAUCAUCCCCCUGAAACAUCACCUUCCUGAAUUUUGCCUUCAAAGUUUUUGAACAGCCACAUUUUUUUCUAGCAGCCAGGAUCAUUUGCUCACUUGCCAUCAAAGACCCCUUGGCUUCCCCUCCAUGUUUUUUUAAAAUGAUUAUUAGUUGCCUAUGCCUUGAGCUUCCUGGGAGGGGCAGGCAGGGAAGACCUGAGCGGGUGCAUCAGACUUUAUGCAAACAAGUGAUGCCUCAAAGAUGAGACAUUUGAAAAGUAACCAGAAAGAUAAUCUCCCCUUUAUUGCCUUCAUUCAUAUUGAAAUGCACGAUCAGAGUAGAAAUCUUAAUCUUCACUGAAGUUUACUUCACAGCUGCUGGGCUAAAUUUAGAGUGCAGGCCAGCUCAGUGUGAGAAAGCAAGGUCUGUCUGAUUGGAUUAAAGGGCAAAGAAAGGGAAUGUCCUGACACUCCUUUAGACUGCAGCGAUUCUCACAAGGAAGCUCAAAUAACAAAAGGCAAGGAAUUUGAUCCAGCAAAAGCACAACAGGCUCCAGCAGUAGCUGUAAAAAAGCCACUGCGAGGUCGUAUUUGCCACACCGUAAGGGGUAGCUUCUCAAUUUGUACUAAAGCAGACGGUGGAAAAAGUUUUCCUCAGCAGACAGUGGAAAAAGUUAUGAGGUCUUCCCUUUCAGAGAAGUGAGACAAAGCAUUGGCUGGAAAGAUCAGCUAAAAGUGAGGUGACAUUGACUGUUCUUUCCCACCUUGAGGAUUCCAAGAUUAUUAUAAGUCAAUUCCUGGUGAAGGGCACAAAGGUCUCUGAAUCGUUCAACACACACAAGUCAAGGUGGCUUUGGACAAGCUUCAGAGAUGCAGUAUGCAGAGUUCAGGUUGGCCUGUCUGGUGUGAAUAUAUGCACAACCACUGGCAAAAUUGAAAAUGCAUGUGAACAGCCACCAACUGCAAUAAAUUUCAUCAUGAUAUGGGUGGUGUUAUGUGAACCCAGCAUAAAAAGCAUGGGGAAAUACAGGCAGAUCUCCCAUUGAAACAUGUGAGCCCUUUCCCACAUGCCUUCCAGAUACGGUAUAGACCAAUGAAAGCUAUACCACAUGUCACAUGGUUGGAUACAGAGGAAUGGUGGGAAUAACCAGCUUGGGAAUCCCUGAGGGAAGAAGGCUCAGAGCUCAGGGAGUGGUGGUGGGAUGAUAAUGAGUGGUCAGAGGGAGAAGAGGGAGAAGACUGGGAGGAGGUGUUGGAAGCUGAAGAGGUAUGGGGCUUACUGAGUGGGUGGGUGGGGAGUCUUUGGCAGAGAGAAGUCUAGAAUAAGAAGCUGAAGCUGAAGCAGAAGAGGACAGAGACCAAGAGGCAGAGAUGAGUCCAGCUGAUGAAGAGGCAUGGGGUGUCUCCCCCUUCUGCUGUGACAAGCUCCCUUCCUGCCCCCAUAUCCUAGAACCAGGAGAGGCAUGAAGAGAGUGGAGGAGAAGUUAGCUUCACAUAGGCACAGUCUCAAAUUUCUUUGAAAAACCCAUGGAGAAGGGUGGACUUAUUGUUAUUAUUUAUUUAUUACAUUUAUAUACUACCCUUCAUCAGAAGAUCUCAGGGCUGUGGGGAGAUGGGGACGUUCUGUUUCAACAACUGCUUCAUGGAGGCAAGAUCUGCCGGAGAUGAGUUGCUGAGCUCAUUAGGCCUAACACUCCUGUA